AUGGGCAUUGUCCUUGGACCGCCCCGGUCUUUAGACAUAAAAUAUUCCAUUGAAUCUGGAGACAAUGAGGGGAUCUUCCAGGCUGAGGCAUUUGUCAUGGGAGAUUUUAGUUUCCUCCGUAUAAGAACUAAUGGAGGCAGUGGGGCUAUUUUGAAUCGGGAAGUACAGGACAAUUACACACUGACUGUCAAGGCAUCUGCCCAGGGAGGCCUCGAGGCCUUAGCAACUGUUUAUAUCAAAGUCUUGGAUACCAAUGAUCUCCGACCACUCUUCUCCCCAACUUCUUAUUCCUUUGUUGUUCCUGAAAGUGCACCACUGGGUGCCAGCAUAGGGCGUGUAACAGCCACAGAUGCUGACAUGGGCUCCAACGGGGAGUUCUACUACUUCUUUAAAAACAGAGUUGAGCUCUUUGCGGUUCACCCGACCAGUGGGAUUAUAACACUGACAGGUCAGCCCAGAAUGGACAAACAAGACAAAUUUGAGCUGGAAGUGCAGGUGGUGGACAGAGGGAUGAAACUCUAUGGGAAUAAUGGCAUCAGCAGCACAGCCAAGUUGUACCUAACAGUGGGCCAGGUGAAUGAAUUUGCCCCAGUAGUCAGUGUAGUUGCUGUUGCCCCGUCAUGGUUGGACAAGGACCCGAUCUAUGCUGUAGUGACUGUAGAAGAUAAAGAUGACGGGAUAUCAGGGGAUAUAGAGUGGGUAUCCAUCAUUGAGGGUGACCCUUUUGAACAGUUUGUAGUUGACAGAUCACCUGUUGGGAAUGAAUACAGGGUUAAAUCAUCAGAAAUGGUGGACUGGGAUUUAUUCCCCUAUGGCUGUAACCUAACCUUGCAGGCCAAAGACAGAGGUUCACCUCCUAAGUUCUCCAAUACACAAGUUGUUCAGUUGUUAGCCACAAAGCCGGAGCCAGUGUUGGCGAAUUUUGAGAAGGAUGUUUAUGCAGUCAAGCUGAGUGAAAUAGCUCCCCCGGGCACUAUUGUAGAGGUGGUGAAAAUCUCCCCAGCUCCUCUGAGUGUCAAUUACAGCUUCAGCAGCCUCUCAGAUCCGAUGUACUUUGAUAUAAACCCUUUGACUGGAGUUAUCAUGACCACGAGGCAGCUGACAAGGAUAUCACAGGAUUUCAUGGAGAUGGAGGUGGUUGAUAUUUAUAGUCAGAAGCAAGCAAGGAUCCAGAUCACCAUAGAGGAUGCUAAUGAUAACUCUCCUGUGUUCAGUAGGCCCUUCUACGAUGUUGCGGUCAAUGAGAGCCUACCUGUUGGAACGGUUGUUCUUGUUGUGUCUGCAGUGGAUGAUGACAAAGGGGAGAAUGGAUUUGUUACCCUGACACUCAGUGGAGAUCAGUCUCUACCAUUUAGCAUUGACCAAGACACAGGGGAGGUGAGGAUAACUAGAGAACUGGACUUUGAGUCAUCAGAGGAUAUCUAUUCUUUUGCUGUACGGGCCUCCGAUUGGGGUUCACCCUACAGAAGAGAGAGUGAAGUUAAUGUCACCAUUCGACUGACAAAUAUAAAUGACAACCAGCCUCUUUUUGAGAAGGUUUCCUGCAGGGGGAUGAUAAGCAGGGAUUUCCCAGUCAGGGAGAAUAUUGUCACCCUGUCAGCUGUGGACAUGGAUGAGCUGGGAAUGGUGAAGUACAAGAUACUGUCCGGAAAUGAAUUAGAUUAUUUUGAGUUGAGCCCAGACUCUGGGGCCUUGUCAUUAAAAAGAUCUUUAGCAGUGGAUAAUCUAAAAAGUGGGGUAUUCAACUUAAAAAUAGUUGCAACAGAUGGAGAGCUGUCCUCUGAUCCUACAUUUGUCAAUGUUUCUGUGGUAAGGGGUAGGAUGCCGUCCAAGGGGUUCAACUGCAGGGAGACAAGAGUUGCCCAGUUGUUGGCUGAAAAAAUGCUCGCAAAAGUGUCUGCCAUGUCUAGACCAAGAACAGAUGAGAGAUUUAUAGACGUUUUCUCUAUGAACAAACAGGCCCCGCAAUUUGAGGCCUUGCCCACAAGUAUUUUAGUGAGAGAGGACCUCCCUCCUGGUGCCAGUGUAUUUCAGGUGAGGGCCCGAGACGGUGACACUGGCUUCAAUGGCCGCGUUCUCUUUUCCAUUUCUGAUGGUAACAAAGGAAACUGCUUCAAUAUCAACAUGGAAAAUGGGCUAAUUACUGUAUUACUGUCACUGGACCGUGAACAAGAGGAUCGUUACUUUCUUAAUAUCACCAUCUAUGAUCAGGGCGUUCCUCAGAUGUCCAAUUGGAGAAUACUGACUGUGAUUAUUGAGGACGCUAAUGACAAUGACCCCCAGUUUUAUGACGAAAACCCCUCUGCUAUUGUUGUGGAAAACUCCCCCAUUGGUAUGGAAGUCAUAACGGUCAAUGCAUUUGACAGAGACACUGGUCAAAAUGGACAGCUCUCCUACGUAAUGCUGACCAGUGUCCCCCAGUUUGGCGUUGACAGCGAAACUGGGAGUGUAUUUGUCGCAAGUCUCUUGGACAGAGAAACUUUUCCAAUGUUCAUAUUGAAGAUUGAAGUGAGAGACAAAGCUGAGAGAGGCACUAGAAGGUCAUCAGUGGCUACCCUGACUAUAAUCGUGGAGGAUGUCAAUGAUUGCGCUCCAGCUUUCAUCCCUAGUAGCUAUAGUGCUCGGGUGCUUGAGGACCUCCCACCAGGGGCUGUGAUUACAUGGGUGCAGGCUCAGGACCCAGACGUCGGGCCCGGAGGACAGGUCCGAUACUCCUUGAUUAAUGACUUCAACGGCACUUUUGAGGUAUGUGAUGCGAAUAUUUCUAUUGUCCUUAAUGUCGCAAAUUCGAGUCCUCUGUUUAUUGGCACUUUAUGAUGUAUGGGCCUGUGAUGCUUGAUUCAGGUCGAUUCUGUGAGUGGAGUGUUAAGGAUUAGGAAGGACCUGGACUACGAGAAACAACAGUUUUUCAACCUGACAAUGCUUGCUGAAGACAGGGGAGUACCCAGCCUCAUCAGUCAGACGUUCGUGGAGGUGGAGGUGCGUAAAAAAAACAACACCCACACAAACAAUUUUUUAAACCAGAAACAAUUUAAAGAUCAGUUUCAUGAAGCUUGAAAACUGAUAGUUUUUUGGUUCCUUUUAAAGCUUGACAUUGUAAAUAUUUUUUGUCAUGCUCCCUUGUUGUUAAAGAUUAGAAUCACAAACAAACACAAAAAAAUAAUUCAAAUAUUUUGAUUAUAAACAGACAAGUUGAAGGAUGCUCCACAACUCAGGUCAAAUAAACUCAGUAAAACUCAGUCUAAUUUAUUCAGUUGAGUUUAGUUGACAGGGCAAAGUAAAUAAUUUAUAAGAAAAAAAAACUAUUCCCAGAAAGAGAAUAAUGUUGUCAGUGGAUAUUUAUAGCUGCCAGCGAUGUUGUAAUCUGAGUCACACUAAUGCUGUUUGAUGAUUGCACAUAUCUGCCCUCACUGCUCUUCUAAUUUCAGGUCAAAAUAAACAUGAAUCAUUACAUCUUUUCAGGUGGUGGAUGUCAAUGAGAAUUUGUAUGCACCCUACUUCCCUGACUUUGCAAUGAGAGGCUCAGUGAAGGAGAACUCUCGUUCAGGCACGAGCGUCUUGACAGUCAGCGCAAAGGACGACGACAGGGGGCGAGAUGGUGUGCUGAGGUACUCCAUCAGAGGAGGCAGCGGACUGGGCACUUUCACCAUCGACGAAGACACAGGUUUGACACAAGAUCAAUUGAAAGUCUGUUCAUGUGAAGUGGAAUUCCACAAACAAACAAACGGUUCCAUGUGUAGAAUAUUAACACACUGCUGCAUUAUUUAUCAUCUGCAUUGUAAUGUCUGUGCCAUUUUUUAAUGACUUUCAUGUAUGUCCUGCUGUGGCUCAACUUUGUUUUCUUUAUUUGUGCUGCUCCACAUCAUGUUUUGCUUCAGAAGUGAUUCACAAAAAGCAUCACAGCUUCACAUGGUAUUUAAAAAUUGAAUGUAUAUGCACGUAUAAGCACAGGCAGGGGGGAGAGGGUAUAAUGUACAGUCCGAGUCAGAGUUUUGAUGGGUCCUCACGUGGGAGCUGUGUACUGGGACAUCAUUACUGUAAUGAGGGCAGCAUGGCAGCUACACUGGCUGGGCCUCGGGCCACUCAGUACAACUGAUCCAGUGCUGUGCGGAUAACAUUGAUCAAGGCACUCCUGCUCAGCACCACCAUCCUUUCCAAGAGGAGUGAAUCACUGUGACUUAUUCAAGAAGACCUGACCCAAAAUAAAAAGUGCACAGUAGUCUCCAACUGUCCUGCGGUGUCAGACUCUAGCUUAAAAUUUUUGCAUUCACAUAGACUCACUCAUCCAGAGAUAAGAUGAAUCAAGUAUAAAAAUAGGACAGUGUUCAUAUUGGUUUAUGUAGAUUAAAUGCAAAUGAUGCAUGUGCAUUUUAAGGGUACAGUGUGUAGAACUUAGCAGCUUAUUGUUGAACAAUCAAAGUGGAAAUGAAAUAUAAUAUUCUUAUGUUUGUUUGUGUAAUGCUGUGGCUAAAAUCAGCCACUAAGACCAAAAUUUUGCCACUAAUUUCCACGUAACUUUUUUUUUACUGCAGCAAAUGGGAUAAUUUUUUUGUGCAGGUGCUUAUAUUGAUGGACACUUUGAGAACAUGACUUCAAAAUUUUCACCUGGUCAUCAAAAAUACACGCUGGGCAAAUUUUCAUCCGUUGUUAACGCUCAGUGGCUAAAAACAGCCACUAACUUUGACUGCUGUAAAAACAUAUUGGGUUAAUAUUUUUUUUCAUUUUUUUUUCAUAUAUCUCUUAAUUAACUUCUGCUUUGAUCAAAACUAGUAAAUGUUUCAUCUGAAAAAUUUUUUUUAACCCUUUGAGGGUCCAUUCAAAACAUAAUGUCACUGAUAUGGUAGAAAAUAAAUCUAAUAAAAAUCAGUAAUUUUCCUCCCUUUUUUUCCCCCCAAUAUUAGUGACUUUAUGUUUUAAAUGGGUUCUUAAAGGGUUAAAAUUUGGAUUCUUAAUGAAACCUUUACUAGUUUUGAAUAGAGCAGAAGUUAAUUAAGAGAUAUGUGAAAAAAAUCUGGAAAAAAUAUGAAUCCAAUAUGUUUUUACAGCAGUCAAUGUCAGUGGCUGUUUUUAGCCACUGAGCGUUAAGAAAGGACGUAAAUCUUAGGGUUACACAAGGGUUAAAUUAAUGCAUAGUCACCUCGCUUGAAAAAGACUGAUUUGAUGCUGAUUGGAUGAUGAAGAAGAAUUAAAAGAUAAGGGUUGUUGCUGUGCACACAAAGGUUUUGAGAGUUAAAACUUUAAAAAUGGGGAUGACACUCAUCGUGCGUCACAGGAGCCUCUUGUCCUUUAAGGCCACUGUCACCCCCUGUCACCAACUCGAGGAUUGAGUGAGGGAGCAUUUUCGCUUGGAACCUGUCCGCUAGAUGUUGCUUAAUAAUCUUAUUUCUACACACUGUAAUACACACUUGAUCAUUUAUUAUUCUAAUGUUAAAAAACCUGCACAUGCACAAACAAUCAGAAAAUAUGAAAGUCAUGAUGUAAAGUGAGAUGCACAUUUAAAAAGGAGUGAAAGGUAUGAACUGCUAAAAUACCACCUUUUCUCUACUGCAGGAUUGCCAGAUAGAAAUCUAGAGAUUAGACUUUAACUGACGUAUGCAAAUUACUAAUCUAUGAUCUGUCUGUCUAUAUUCUCAAUGUCUCAGUCUAGCAAAAUAUAAAUCUGUGUUAGUACAUGAUCAAAAUGAUCAUUUAUCACUGACUUAUAAAUACUGGUUUAAAUACAAAUUUUUAUUGGCAACUAUAAAGAACAAUAUAAAUCUGGAUAUAAGAAUUUUGUUACUUCUUAUCUCAUUAUUAAUAAACGUUAAAAGUAGAGAUUGCAUAGUUUAACAAGGCGAGGCGAUGUGCUGUUUUUCUUUUGUGACAUUGCAAACGGUCCCAAAGACAUGUUGGUCUUCUGAAAAGAUUUCAGUUUUAAAGGACUAUUUUGUAUAUUUUGCUCUGACAGCCCUACAGUUAAAACUGAGCAAAGCUUGCAUACUUGAAUUUUCCACAAAGAAAUUAGUCAUAAGUAUAAUCUAGGAUCUUUGAAGUGUCACUUUGUGGUACUGAAACUAUAAACCUGACUGAAACCCAGUCAGAUUUCUUUUUGCCCCUCUCCGUGGUGCUGAAACACUCGAAAUCUCCCUCUGAAUUCGGUCUCACAACCUUUUAUCCUCCCUUCUCUGCGUGAUGCUGUCCUCCAUAGUAAGUAGCAUUUCAUAAUCACCCCUGACGCAGUGAAGUGUUAGCACUGACAGGUGCAGUGUUUCAAAGGUGAGAUUUGAUGGGGUUUUGAAAGGCUUAAGAUGGAAAUCACUGUUUUACUGUUGAAAAGUAAGCAGUCUCUAGUCUAUCACUUUUCUUCCUGAAGUUUUCUUUGUAUAUCUGACUUGAUAGACUGCUUUACAGAAACCUGAGAAGUAAUUUUUAUGAUUAAAUUAGUGCUGGUCGUCAUAACGCUCAAACUUGUGAUGUUUCCACUAAUGAAUUUCCUCAGAUCUAACCUACUUUAACGUACUUUGAACACUUCAUUUCCUCUUCACUCUUGAAAUCAUCAAAUUUUAAAUCCCACAAGUAUCUUUUUAAUCAAACAGCAAAGCACUGAGGCAUUUAUUUGCACCAGCUAGCUAGUUAUAUAAUUAGAACAGCAAUCUAUUUUACAGUAACUGGUAAAAUCAAUGAUUAUAAGCAAUCUGUGAUGUAGAAACCUGAGGUUAGCUAAAAAAAAUGCAAUGUUAUGGACAUUAUUGCUGGUUGUUAUUGAAGUAUUUAUUGUUUGCGGUACAAUACAUGACAGUGCUCCUCUUGUAGCAUCUCUCCUUACGUUUUGGCACAGUGGUUCCUACUGUACAUGACUCACACUGGAGGCCUCUGCUGACCUUUAACUAGGCUAAUUAGUAUUGACUGUAGUUGAGAGAGAAACUGAUGAACAAAUGGAGGGAAUGACUCUCGCUCUCUCUCCGUUCAUGUACAUCUUUAUGUAUAAAGCUAUGUACACAUCAUUACACACUGUUUGUACACUGAAUCUACUGUACUCAUAGAUAAAACAGAGUUACAGAACUUAGACAGGUCCCUACAGUCUUGGGUGUUAAAGCCUUAGCAAAGAGCAUCACAGCCAGUGAGAACGUUUAUUGAGUGCAGAUUUUCCAGGGGAAAUCAGGGUGCUUGUUAGAGCAGAAAGUGAAGUAAGAGGGGAGUGAAUGUGAAGCGGAGAGAGGAAGGAAGAGGAUGCAGGGGAGUCUGGAGUAUAGAAAUAACAAAGUGUUCGAAGAAAUACAGCUUCUCUGAGCCUUACCAUGCCCACAUUUUCCUUUGAAAGUUUGUAAAAGUUACUUUUCCUAUGUCAGAUUUUAGGUGGAAGCUGUCUUGACCAGUCCCUUUUUUAUACCACAAUCUACAGUAAACACAUCAUGGCGUAUUUUACCAAAUCAAGUGCUUUAUUAUCAUUAUUACUUCUUUAUCUUGUUGUGUACAAAUGAGUUUUGUCAGGCAUGGUAAGAGAAGCCCCACACUGUCCUCCCAUGUCACAAUGAGUGGCUCUGCUUUGACUGCUUGUCAAUCUGUAGCUCUUAGUGCCAAAAGUUAGUAUGUGAAGAUAGAGAGUGACAGACAGUGAAGAGGAGUCAAAGUGACAGAGGGAAUGAGAAAAAGUACGUGAAAACUACUUUUUAGAGUCUUGUGCCUCCCAAAACACUCUCUCUCACACACACUCAUGCACGCACGCACAACUGUGCUUUUCAAAUUGUCAUUAUGAUAUAUCUUGUUUUGCCCUCACCGCAUCGAUAACCUGUUUUACCUGCUUAUGACAGCCCCCUCCCCCUGAUGUUUGAAAUUAAAAUGUUCAAGACCGCUUUCUCCAAUGUGGAUGUAAAAUGAAAGAGGCAUCUAUCAGAAAAUAAGACUUGAAUUCUUCUCUGGCUUUAAUUCUUACCACUGCUGUACUUUGAACAAAAAAAUUGGUAUUCUUGUCAUUGGUUCAAGUGAAAGCAAGCCCUGCAAUUUCUCAUUGGGUAGCUGUCAGAAGCCCCCACUCCUCUAUUAGUGCAUUUGCAAGUCCCAGGAUUUGUCACAGUCAAGAUAGAGCAGUCCAGGUUUAGGCAAACACACUAUAAAAAAGUAAUUUAUUCUGGAUUGGUAAAAAGAAAAAAAAAAAUAAGGGGCUGUGUUGUCUGAUUUUCCCCCUAUUUUCUGCCACACACAGAGCCAUUCAGUUUUGACUCAAAGUGUAGGAUAACACAGUAUUUCCCUGUCAAUCUUGGGAUUGAUUAUUGGAAGGGGUGGCAUUGAUUUAGUGGCGGGACCCUAAAGACCUGCUUCUCCAGACAGGAGAAACUGAAAUGACAUGACAGAUGGAUGUAAACCCGAGCACACAGCGAAAGUCUAAAUUAGAAAAUAUUCCAUGACCCUUCAAAAAUUUUUUUUGUUCCCUCUUUGAAGUGUGUUAUUUAUGGUGGGAAUGGAUGCUGUCAAGACAGAUUUAUAUUGAACGCACUGAGUACUGCCUGUCGGUCUUAGAGUUCAAAGAGCUUUUGAAACAGCCAGCUCUGUUUUUCCUCGUCUCUCUCUGUCGAGCUCUCUGACAGAGAUGAGAUGUGGUUUGAAAAGGACAUGGCCAAGGACGACAGAGCAAGGAUGUGUUUCAGCAAACACUUUUACUAUGCAUUGUGCACACCAUGGGCAGCUGUGAGUCAUAAUCUGACAUGUACACACACUUCCUGGCGAUAAGGUAACACCCUCGCCAGCCUGCUGAGAAAGCUGCCGCAAGAUUGACUGGAGUACGUUAAAAGAAGGCCAUGGUCACACCUCAAGUGACUGAUUUGUAUUCUUCAGCGUGACUUUAGCCUCUGUAUGUGGGCUUUAAGGCCAACAGACGUUGAGUGUAUGACAGUAAACCAUGUUCAUCUUAAGGAGAAAACUUGCAUGAUUGUCUACAAACUUUUAUCUUAAUCUUAAAUCUGAAUUUUAAUGAUUUAAAAACAGACUUUUGUUUGACGGAGUUCUCUCUUUGAUCAGAGUUUUGUUCCGAAGAAAAUGAUUUGAUGAUAUCCUCCAAAAGAAGGAUUUUAAUGGGGUCCUGAGGGCAGAAAAACAAGCAAGACUGGCAUUAAGCAUGUUUAUCCCAAGGGUCUAGAGUCUGGGCUGCACCGUCGAAGCUCUCUUUACCUCCCUGAAGUCACAAACAUCAUUGGCAUUUAUUUCGGUAAAAUUAAAGGAAUCUCAAAUAUGUCUACUCCUCGGAGCAGAGACCGAUGUUUGUUCACCCCUUUACUUACUCGUUGUUUGUGCGAAAAAACUGCUGAGUUGCCAUGACAACAGCGUGGUCAUGUUAUAAAAUAAGAGACAAUGGGGUUUAUCCUCAUGCAUAUGAAAGUGCAGUAGAAGUACACUGUUGGGUGCAUUUGUGGUAGAUGAAAUACCCUCUCAAGUGCCCCUCCAGUGGAUACAACGCAGUAUUGUGGCUUCUUAAGUGCCCUUCCAGUGGAUCAAAUAGAAAUUUGCCCCAUUGAUAAUAUGAUAUUAUAAUUCAUGUGUGGUUGUUGCUUAUGGUUUUGGCUUUAGUUUAGUACUCUGUGAAGUUUUUAAAGUGCUAAAUCUAAUUUGAUUAUGUGUGAGUGUUACAUUACGCUUCCUUUUCACUCAUCAUUUGGUAAGUAGCAGAUUAAUUCUUAUUCAAGUAUGAGCUUCAAGCAGGAAGUAAGAUUUAAUUUUUGUAAAUUAUGUAUGGACAAUUCUGUUUUUUUGUUUUACAUAAUUAAGUUGCCACCACAAAAUGUUUCAUAAAUAUUCACAAGAAUGCAGGGAAUUAAGUGUUUGAUGCUCAAAAUUUAAAAAAAAAAAAAAAACUUUAUAAAAUAAGAGACAUCAACCAGCCGUUGAAUAGAAAAGUCAGACAGAAAGUUUUGGUGCAGAUAAAAGCAUCAAGUUUCAUAUCUAAUCCCAGCUCUGUCAGGCAAUUUUAGGAACAACUGAGUGCAUACCAAAGCACAGACGCACAUAAACCAGCAUAUACUGCUUGGUGUUAAAUUCAGCUGAGUUCCAUUUCAGUGAGUUGAAGACACAGACUUGACAUGAUCAUGAUCUGUUGCAAAACUGGAGUUGGAUCAAAGUGUUUAUGCAGAAAGCAGGACUUCACCCAUUGUUUGCUUUGCCCUUUUGAUGAGUCCAGUCUUUUUACACCAAGCUGAGUGGUGUUAUUUCAUAUUGGUUGAAACCACUACUUUAAAGUUACUGAUAUUGAUUUGUGCCUCCAUGCUCCCCCUGAUGGGAGCCAAAAUACUGCUUUUAUUGGUUGAGCCAAGACUGACUUCACACCCCUCCCGCCAAAAUGUCAGUUAUCCCUCAGGUCAGAGCCGUCCACUGGAGAAUAAUCCUGUGUUGGUUUUAAGUAGACACAUGGUCUUUCAAAAGUUGUCAAAGUGUUGGUGUUAGUUAUGUUUUCUUGUGCUUUCCCUUCUCUGACUUGCUGAUCUGGUAUAGAAAUGUGGAAAAGCCUGCAUGAGUUAAUCAUCAUCAUAAAAUCUAGCGAUUAAUAAAAACUUAAGUUCACAGAAUAAAAAUCAUGCACCUAAAUCACCUUGAUACGACAGACACCAUAUUUAAAAAAACAUUCCGAUAGUUAUUUAAAUUUUAUAGUUUCACCUAACAAAAAGGGAGGCGGGUUUUAUGACCUUUACAGCUGUCAGUCAGUGAGGGGUGCUCUAAAUUUCCCAGUCUGUGAACACUAAUGGCGUCAAUUUUAAUGUACAGUCUAUGAUGAAAACCAUGCAACUAGUUAUACAGUAUGGAACUUUUGCUAUUUCCUGUGUUGUGCCUGAGAGAUUAGUCCUGGGUCAUUUGAUAUUUCCAAAUAUAUAAUUCCUGAAAGGAUUGUGGUCGUACCUGCAAUAGAAAUAGAAUAGCGUGCAGGCUAGGGAUACCUACUGAGUGUUUUCCCAGCUGUAAAGUUCAACCUUAAAAACCUUGGUGUUCAUGUGACAUUUCCUUGAUAAUUAUAUAAACCACUGACUAUUUUAUGUCUCUAUUUUAAGAGACAAUCUUCCAACUAGGUUUGUUGUCUCACAAGCUGAAUAAGAUAUGAUGUUUUAAGGUUUUGUUGUCUCAUUUUGACUACUAUGAUCCCUUAUCAAUCAUCAAUCAGUCAAUGAAAUUUUAUUAACAGCCUUUAUCCCAAGACGCUUUCCUAAAAGGAGCAGGUCUAGACCGCGCUCAUUGUUUGAUUAUAACCUGUAGUCAAGUUGUGAAAAAAAAAAAAAAACAGGGGGGAUGGUGCAUUUUAUUGUUUGGGACAGAUACUUUGUUCUGAUGACAGUUCACAUGGUGGGAAACCAACUGAAUGCCCAUUUUAUUGUUACUAAAGUACAAAGAUAAUUAUAAUAUUAGAUUUUCCCUCAGAUCGAGCUGUUCAUGCCAUGAUACUGAAAUUACAACAGCGUCACCAGCGCCACUCACUGAUAUAUCUAAAAAAAAAAAAAAAGGAAAAAUCCUGUCAUGAAGUUCUCGCUCAAACAAUCACAAUAAAGUGGAAUAACACAGGUGUUGCAGAAAAACACGGUGAUGGUGAUAGAAUUUACAGCUGGCCUUCCAAAAAUUUUAACAAAAGUGCAAAUAAAAAAGGUCAAAUACUAUUUACAAAAUGUUCAAGGCAAAAAAAGAAAAUGCCAACAAGGCAAGAAUUCCACUAUAACUCAAGAUUCUCACUCAAGAGAAAAAAACAGAAACACAUCAGCACAACAAAAGUCAGUUUGGUAUUUAGGAAAAUGCAACAAACUCCAGUCUUUAGGAAAGAAAGGCCCAGGAAGCCUUAUUUUAAACACCUGUAGCCCCUCCCAGUGGGCGUUAUCAGUUACAUAAGUUUGGAAAAAACUAAUUUAUUCACAUUUAAACCAUUUUAACCAUUUUUAACUUUCAGACCCUUUUCUGUAAGUUUUUGCCAUUUUAACAAAGUUUUUAGACAAAUUGAUGGAGCAAUAAAUUUUAGGGAUUCGUGGCAAACAACAAGGGAAUUAAUUUUUCUUGCAUCAUGUGACCACUUUGACCCUCCAUACCCACCUAUUUUACACCCGGAAAUCACGCGCUCUGUUUCUCUUUUUGAAUCAUGAGUCGGCAUGAUGGCGUGAAUAAGUGGACGCCCGGCAAGUAAGUGAAGGGAUGAAUGUCUAUGUGAAUGUAUGUUAAAGUUAACUGAUAGAGCUCCAAAUGUGCAACUUUGGUUACCCUAUCCAACAGAGAAGGGGGAAGGAAAAGUAGCGCUGUUUAGUGGGGAAUUAGCGACGCUGGCGGGGAGGGAAAUGUUUGACGUGGUUGUGGAUAUGUGCGUGGCUCUUAGCGCUUCCCGCAGUCGGUGAGGACGCCGCUCCGUCACACAUGCUAAACAUUAAAAUUGCGGUAAUAUUUCUAAUGUUAUAAUAGUGGGAAUAUUUCCAUACUCAUUGACAAAAAUGGCACAAGGAUAAAAAGUUGGGAUGGCCGUUUUAGAAGGGGGAUGAUUUUGACCAUUUUCAUUUAAGGGGAUGCCAUUCCCCUUAUCCCCCCUUAACUCGAGUACUGAUUAUAACCUGCCUUUGUAAACUGCCCUCGAACUAUCUAUCUCAAAGGCCUUAAAUGCCAAGAUUUCUGCAUUUUAAGACCCUGCUUUUACAUACAAAAUCCUCACUGUGUUUCUUUACUUCACAAGAAGAUCUCAUAGCAGUGCUGGCAGGGUCUACAGUGUGUCUUUUUCUUCUAAAUCUUCCCUUCUUCUUCUCCUCCUCCUUCUUUCCCCAGUUGCAAUUAUUACUGGUUUUCAGUUGUUAUUUUCCAUGGCAAAAUUGCUUUUUCAACACAGCAUUACUGAAAUAACUCUACUUACUUAUUAUAAUAAAAGCAACCACUAAUGACCUUGCACUUCUGUGAUUCAGUGUCCCUGGCGGUGCUCAAAAAAUAAUACAAAUAAGCCAAACAAAUUAGAGCUCCAAUCUGUGCAUGGGUAUCAUUUCUCAGGCAUUUUUCUGGGUCCACCACGGCUGAUAUGUGUGUCAUCCAUUGUGAAUGUUCUCUUUGUCCCCCAAGAGGUCACCAAAGCUGUCAGCUACUCAUCUUCCUUAGGGCCACUAAACGCCCGCCAGUCAGUGUGUGUGAGUGUCUGAGUGUCUGCGUCUUUAUUGGUGCAGGGCAGCUCAGGGUACGUUUAGCACCAACCGAAUUGCAGCGGGAGCAGUUUGGUCAGCUGUGAUUAGCUGUAGAGGAGCUGAAACAUUGAAGGUGACUACAGCGGCACCGCUAAUGCCUGUGAAUGUCACUGAAUCCAGGACACAAAAGUUUACUCCAAAUUUGUGUCUUUGCCUCUGGAAACUUGGUAUUCAAAGACUUUGCUUAUGAGAUCUCUUAGAGAUGUGUUCUGCUGAUGACACACUGCCUCUCUCCACACACACACACACAACUAAUAAGUAUGUAUUCUCAAGACCCAGUAACUACUGCAUUAAUCUUUGUCCUCUGCUUCAACAGGGGUGAUUUACACCGCCGGUAUCCUCGACUGUGAGACCAAAGACUCUUAUUGGCUCACAGUUUACGCCACAGACAGAGGGGUCACACCCCUGUCAGCUUCAGUUGAAGUCUUCAUUCAGGUACCCUCAUUUUACUACAAAUUCUCCAGACUUACUAAGCAUGCAUAGGAAUAAGAGGCCCUUUAAUAGAGGAAAAAGAACAUUGCAUGAAACAAUAGUUAGUCCAGUAAAAUCUCAUUAGAGGAACUUUAAUGUAUCUGAAUUUUGAGACAGACCUACUUUUUCUGUCUUUUGGGGAGUAACCUAUAAGUGCCAAGCAUUUUUGUCAUGUUUUUUGUACAUGUUACAUAUUGUAUGCCACACUGUUGUAAGAUUUUUGACAUUGUAUGAAAAGUAAAUGAGCCUCCUUGCCUGUAUUCAUCACUAAUAUAACUUCUUGCAGACAUGCAGCUGCAGUCUAGUUUUCUCACAUUCUGGUGUCCCUAUUCUGUUGCAGAUACUAAAAUAUACAAAGCAUGCACAAGAGGCCUCACACAGAGAAAAGCACAUUUUGCUUUUAAGACUGAAGGACAUGCAGCAGAACCUCAGUGGAACUUGCAUCCCAGACAAAAAAACAGAAAAAAUGUAUAUUUAGCUACAGUCUGUUCAAACAUGAGAUUUGGGGUAGAGAUGGGAAGUGCUGUUAAAGUAUUCCUCGUGUCACAUCAUUCGUAGAAAUAAAACUACUGGCAUGUCUCUGCAAGAAAAUUCUAAUAUCUUUUUUUUUGUUUGUUUGUUUUUGCUGAAUGAGCCGCUCUGUCUGUAUCUGCCAUUUCAACAUUCUUACAUUUUGCAAACAUUUAACCGCGGGCUAGUUUCCUCUCUUUUAGUCUUACAUCCAAAAUAACAGUUUAAAGCUAAGCUAUCACUGUGUUACUGUCUGAAAUAAUAAUGGUGCUCAGUGCUGCGGAUAACCCUAGCAAUGCUCUGUCUGUAAGCAAGUGAUACGCACUGGAGGGAAUUCUCUGCUUCAGUUUCUGUUGUGUUUGGCAGUAACUAAUCCACUGUCUAAACACUGGAGCACACACAUCACUGCUACAGCACUGCUCACCCUUUGGGGGAGAGUUCAGUGGUGUAUAAAAAAAACAAACAGCUUUUUUCUGGCUUGAGGAUAUCCAGGUGUGGGGAUGUGAUCGGGUGCUUUACUCUCAGCCUCUUCAUCACAGACAAAAAUUGGUAGAUUAAUCAGGCACAGGUGCUCCUCGCGCAGCUGAACCGUCAUGGCUCUGUGUGCCUUCCAGCAAACACUCAAUCAAGGCUCUGUUUGCUAUAAAUAUUCUAGAUCUAUGGGUAAGAAGAGAAAUUAAUCUACUCAGCAUUUAAUAUGUGACAUCUAUGACAUUUCUGGUGAAUAAAAUUUGUGAUCUAUAGCCCGGAUUCAAUGUUUCCAGCAUUUCAUUGGGUGUUGAUUAAAAAGGACACCAUUAUCUACAGACAGAGUUUCUUUAUGACGAUAAUAGUUGAUAUUAAAAUGCAUGGAGAUUUUAAAGGUUAGGUUUUAUUAACAUUUCAAUUGCCAGUUCAUAGCCCACUCAGAGAAAAUACUCCUUAUUUCUCUCAUGUGCUCAGUUGUUUUCACUCCCGUUUCUCUCCUUCUCUUUCUUCUUUCACCUCUCCCCCUUUUUUUUCCCCUCUCUCAGGUAGAAGACGUCAACGACAAUGCUCCCCUCACCUCGGAUCCUAUCUACCAUCCAGUCGUCAUGGAGAACUCUCCGAAGGAUGUGUCAGUCAUCCGUAUCCAGGCGCAGGACCCUGACCUCACCGCCACGCCCAGCCGCCUGAGUUAUCGCAUCAGUGCUGGCAACCCGCAGAACUUCUUCUCUAUCAACCCCAAAACAGGUGAGACGCUCAGACAGUCUCAUAAUUCAAAACGGCUGAGAUAUUUUAGUGGCCCGCUCAAAAGAAUUACAGUAAAGACUUACAGUGUAGUUAUUGACUUACACUAAAAGGUAACAAAUAAUUAGACUCGUUUUGUUUUUAUGUUUACCCACUGCUGAAAUGUUUCUUUACUACUUCAUGUUCAUUGACUCCUACACAGAAAACAUAAAAAAGACUUAUGUGCCCACACAAUUAAACAUCUAGGACACUGAUGAGCCGCCCAGACAAUCUACCCUGCACUCUUACUGAACAUUGCUUCCAGUCUUCUUUAUGGGCGAAAGCUCUUCAACGUACUUGAGAAAAUCAGUGUCUCUGUCAUCUGUUUUAGUAAGCCUUGUGUGUGGGUGAGGUUGUAAAAGGUUUUAGGAGAAUUUCCUUGGAUCUGCAAUUAUGAUUUUUUUUUCAUUCAAAACAUGCUUGCAACUUUCGUACGGGCUCUCCAUGAACCCUGUGGGAUCAAGAAAAGGUAUUACAGAGUCUUACCUUUUGAAAAGAUGUACAGCCAGCCUUGGGUUGUACUUCAUCUCCCUGAGCCUUUAGGGAAAUAGGGCAUAAAAAAUUAAAGCUCGAGAAUGUGAGAAAUAUUUAAACAAAGAGAUGAAAAUUUGCAAAUUUAUUCUUCUGGUUCUGACCUAUUUUACCCCACUGUGUGACUGUGAAUCUGGCCUCAUCUGGUUGGAAAACUUCACAACCGAUCUCUCUUAUAGUCAAUGAGUAAUUUGCAUUUGCUUGUUGGAUUGGGCUAAAAGGGCGGGACCAGAACUUCUAACCGUAUAUUUUCAUUAUAAUUAAUGCUGAUUAAAUUUUUCACUAACACUGCUGAUCAUGGAUUAUUGAAAAUAAUUGAAAUCAAUGUAAGCAGACUAUUACUGUUCCUCUUCCAUUUGCAGUUCUGAGCAUGAUUUUGAUUUAAUAUAAUGGGCGUGAAAAGUAGAUGAGGGACAUAGUCGUGGGUUUUAAUCCCUCUGACGUAUUUCUGCAUGGAGCAAACAUUUGGUGGCUCUCUUCCUCAGGAGUCAUGACCAUAUUUUCAAUCAGCAUGUACUCGACACUUCAAUAAACAAACGUGUGUGCUCUCAGGACGUGAUAUUGGUGUAUGCCUUAGAACAAAAUGGUUGUAGGUUCAAGUCCUGGUUGAUGUGUGGUUCUCUUUGUCUAACCCAGCAGGGGUCUUUCUAUGUAGAGUUUGCAGUCUCCCUGUGCAUGUGUGGUUACACCAGCUCUUCACUCUGUGUUAAGACAUACUCAUGAACUGGAGACCUUUAAUUUUCAUAGGUAUGAGUGUAUUUGUCUUUAUUUUAGCCCUGUGACAGACUGGUUACCUGUCCAGGGUGUACCCUAUUCUUGCCCAGUGACAGCUUGGGUUGGCUCCAGUUGCCUGUGACCAUUUAGAUGAUGGAUGGGUGGAUGGAUACCAUAGAAAGUACAUAAUCAAGUCCAUUAUUCUGUGUGUUGGAGGUGAUUUCUAAAAUCGAAGAAAAGCCCUCAUUACGUUUGCUUUUUUGUUAUUAAUGAAAUAUUCUGGCUCAAAAUACGAAGUAACAAGAUAAUCUUUUCCAACAUAAUCUAAGAAAGCAUUCAUUUAUCAUAAAACUUUCUUCAUAUUUAAACAGCAGCACCUGAUUUGAACACUUGAUGACAAUUCAGCUGAUUUGUCAUCGCAAACUUUUUCAGCCCUGGGUUCGAUUCCAGUCUUGGCCAAUUUCUUUAAUGUGGUUCAUUUAUAAUCUACAUGUGAUCAAGUUCUCUGUGUGCAUGUGUGCGAUAUAUGCAAGCAUAGUGUCAACAGCACCACUCUGUAGCUAAAAUUAAAACUAUUUAGGGCAGUUUUUUUUUUUUUUUUUUUGGUGGCCAAUUCCAGCUGAAUUUUAUGGAUUAGGAUGCUGACCAACCAACCAACUCUGAAGCAGUUACAGUCUGACCUGCAGGUAGUGUUCAAGGACUUUGAAAACUGCAGCAGCAAACUGCAAAUGGCAGAGGCAGAAUUGGUAGCAGCAGAUGAUAGUGGUAGAGGCACCAGCUGAAAGCACACAGAGCCAGCUCUUAAACUUCAACUUCUUCAAGAUUUUCCAUUCUGGUGUUAAGAUUGAAUUUAUCAUGUCAAAGACAAAAUUUCCUGGGCUCUCUUUUGGCAAAAGCGACUUGAGGUAGUUGUUUAAAUUUGCUAAACCCUACAGAAUUUAAAAAAAAGUUGAUUAAAAAAUAUGAUAAAAAGUAGUUCUCCAUGUUACCCAUAGAUAUGCUUUCACAUGGAUUCAUGCCCAGGGGUUUAAAAUGUACAUACAACUUUCAAGUACAAGCUAAAUAUUCCCAUCAUUUUAGUUAUAUAAAUGUUGUGUAACCCUGCUGUUGAGAUGCUUUGUGUGCAUAAUUUAUUUAUAAACUCUCAGUGUUUCUACAACCACUAACCUUCUCUGCUUAUCAACGAAUUCUACGUGCUUGCAAACCUUUUUGAAGCAUUCCCACAUGCAAUACUCGAGAGUUUAAAAAAGAUGAUUUACUACUGCAGCUUGUGAAACUGGAUAUCAUCUUACAACUUAAUGCCCAGCUUACUCUUUAAAAAUAAGCCUAAAAGCCAAGUUUCUAUCAGCGCCUGUCUCCUCCUUGCUUCUCACAGUAAAGCUUCUUUUAAGCAAUCCUGAUUUAUUGACAAAAUGUUUGAAAAUCAAAAGGCUUACCAUUUUAUGUGAACACAAUACAAACGUAAAAAAGGGAGAUCAGUUCAGAUGUGUGUUUAUGCUUUUGAGUUUGAAGUGGAGGGAGGUCCCUCUGCAUCUUCAGUACAAGCUUUCCUUGAAGCUUCCAUUAAAGAAUUAUUGAAGAGGUGAAAUGUUUUAUUCAAAUCCUGAGAUAAAAAAGUUGUGAUGUCUAAUUCUUUCUCUGCCCUAGAUUUAGUGAUGAGGGUUUCAGUAAACAACAAAAGGAUUUCUAUCUUGAUACAAAGAAAUGUCAAGGUAGUUGGAAGGGUUUCCCUAAUGGUGCACUGUUGCAUGCUCACUUUGUAGUGGAUAUUCACGUCCCUCGUUUCAUUCCUCUAUAAAUACUCUUUUGGAAAUCAUAAAUGCACCGUUCAAAAUUGAGACUAUGUGGGGAACCAUAUUGAAAAGGCUAAAAUUGAUCCCCGUUGAUGUACUACCUCUGCACACCUUUUAACUGAACUCUCACUUAGUCUGACUUUUUCUCGAAGCUUUAAAAUCCUCGAGGAUGAAAUAUAGCUCAGGUCUUGCAUAUACCUAUGUGUUAUAUUGAGUCACUGUGCCUGUGUUGAUGCAUGUGAAAACCAAUAAUUAGAAAAAAAAUCCCAUCAACUUCAUGAGCACCGUUAAUACAUCCAACUAUGGUGUGUGUGUGUUUGUGUGUGUGGGUGUGAGGAAGAAAAAGAGUUAGUAUGUCAUUUUAAUCAAUUGAUGAAUUGGCUGCAGCAGUGUGUUGGAGAGGACAGCUCUCUUGCACUGAGUUGAUGAAGAUGGUUUUACUGUAUAAGCCCGCAUUACUCAGAGUCCACAUGUGAACCUACGUGAGCCAAGAGACAGACAGAACAGCUGCAUAUUAUUUGUUUUUGCCUUGUGUGUUUAAGAGGGCAGUUGUAUAUGUGUGUAUGAAUGAGGGAGUGCUGUGUUGUGUUUGUGUGUCACAGGGGAGAUUUUUUAGCCAUCUGAGCCCUGCUGUCUGUCUCUGUCACAGAGCCACAGUAGUUUGUUAUUUACUAGUCAUUAAUUGUCUACAUGGGGACUGUAACUGAUGACUGCCCCUGUUUGAACCGUGAUCAAUGAACUUUCCGUGCAAUGCUGAACAGAUGGCUUUUAAAAGUUUGAAGCGUCUUUUCUCUCUGAUGUCAGGGCUGCUAAUAAAUAAAACAUUCAUGUUAAAGAUAUUCAAAUACUUCCUUGUUGCUCUUGGAUACCUCUCAAUAGGAUUUAGAUUUUUUUCUCCAGGAUGUUUUUUUGGUUGUUUUUUACAGCUGUGGUGUGUUAUUGUUGCUAUCAUUGUUGCUCUCUUCAUUCACAUGAACACAAACCCACCACCUUGAACGAGUGAAGUAGUCCACAGUGUUUCUUGACAUCUUGUUUGCCAAAGGUUGCCAAAGAAUAGUUUUUUUUUUUCAUUAAGUACAUUUUGUUUUAAGUAUUUGUAUCAUGUUAAAAGAAUAUUACCUUUACACGGUUGCUUUAGAUUGUUGAUAUCGUGUUGGCUUUACCCAGCAUUUUAUUCUUUACAAGCUGGACACUGCAGAGGACUAGUUGUUUGUUACUGCUGUGUAAGUUACUGAUUAGCAGUAACCAUAAAAUGGACGCCGUCUGCCUUCUCGCUGGGUGAAGCCUCUCUGAGAACAGCACCAUCUGGUGACGGGCUGCAGUAGAGGUCAUAAAUCCUGCUUCCACUAGCCAUCCUUAUGGGGCUGUGGACAAACUUUAGAAAUGUUGACAUGUAGUUAUUGUAAGACUGGUUUGGGCUCAAGUCCUCUUUUUUCUGUACAGCUCCAUUUUUAAAAGUUAAUAAGGGGUUCAUAUUUUUCUAUGAUUGACACCUGAUACAGCCUAUUGGCGUUUGAAGAUUGCAUAGCUCACCCAGGGGAUACGCUGUCUGAGCCGUCACAGUGACUCUGCAACUCUCCCGCCAAAUGCGUACAAUGCUACAGCGCAAGUGGUGGAGUGUGUACAACGCUAUGGCAAAAUGUUGGUUUCAGGAAAUGGAGAAAAAUCGUGGAAAUACCAAGCGCUUUUCAGCUUCAAAUCCGUAUACUGGCAGGAGGCGGAACCAAGUUGUCCAUAGAAUAUACAGUCUAUAGCAGUAACCCUAACCCCUUACUCUAAGACAGAAAAUUAGAUUUUGUUAAGGCUUCAUAUUGGUGUGUUGACAUAAAGCCUACUGUCCAGUAAUCUAGACAAUGUUGGGGCCUGUUCUAUACGCUAAUCUGAUAAAUUACUUGAAGUUAACUUGCCACCAUUACAGCAGUGGAGCUAUUAGAGAGUUAUUACACAUCUGCUUGCAUUGGUUUCAGGCAUUAAAAUUUUGCAGUAUACAGAUGUCCUGUCUUGCUCCUGAUGGUUGUCUUUUGGAUGUCAUGACAAGACAUUAAUAUGAAUUAUUUCAUAAAUGUCAAAAAAAUGCCUCCCAGGAGCUUUAAUUAAUAUGUAUAAAAUUGUCUCUGCCAAGGCAACUUGUCUGUAAUGAUUAAAUGUAACUGUUAAUUAAUUGAUGUUACCACCAUCCUAGAGCAAGGGUUUGUCACUGGACACUUCAUCAAAAUGAGGCAGAUGGUCAGGUUAGUUUUUUUUUUCUUCAUGUGAAAUAUGAUCAGGUCGUUGUUGUAAAUUAUGCCUAUUAUAAAAAUUGAAAUAAUGGUCGAAUAGAAUCAGCAUAUAUUCUAUAUCAGAAGAAUCUAUACUGGGAUGAUUAUUGAAACAACCUGAGAUCAAAUUAAAUAUAAUUUUCUCUACAUCCUUUUCUAACUCAACACCACGGUGACUAACAGAGCUAAUCUAUUUGUAAUGAGACACGGAUGAACGAGAGAUGCAUUCCUACGUGUUGUUUACCAAGUCCCAAACUUUCCAUGUGCUAGACUGACUUCAUUUGGUAAAUGAAUAAACAAAACCCAGCCGAUUGAUUUUCUUUCAUAAAACAGCUGUCAUCCACACUAAGAACUGAGCUGCCGGCAACCCUCAUCCUUCAAGCUUCAGAUUGUUUGUCAAAACUUGGUUUUGGGGUGGUUCAAAGUUAUACAUUUUUCAGGUUCACUCUGGAAGUGUCAGUUUGAUGGGUUUGAGGUUCCGCAACAAUUCCCAAACUGUAUUUAUGCAGAACUUUGAAUGAGUGCAAAGUGUGUAAAUGUGCUGUGACAGCUUAUAGUUGUGUCUGUUGGUCCUGUGGUGUGAAAGUGAAACCAUCAGAAUAAGGAAUGUUGACACAGGUUGCUUGAAUGAGUGCGUCUCAUUAUGAUUUGCUUGGUGCCACCACAGAGUCAUAAAGGCUCAUUUUGUUCUGUUGUAUUGACUAGGGCUGCAACGAUUAGUCGACGUAUUCGAUUACGUCGACACGACAAAUUCAUCGACACGAAAAUGAAGCGUGGACGCGUCGUGUUAUUGUUGUUAAGAAUCACAUGCCGGCGCCUCAUGCUCAUCUAUAACUGCAGUGCACUACAGGAUGUGCUGGGGGCAGUAGCGCUCGCUGUUUACAUCCCGCGAGCAAACACAGAAGAAGAGUGCACACGUUAUGGCAGAACAAACUGAAAAAGACGCUCCCAAACUCCGACCCAAAACUUCAAAAGUUUGGGAACAUUUUACUGAGAACAAACCAAAAAAACACGUUGAUCAAAGCUCAGCUUUCCUACCAUGGCAGCACCACGGCGAUGCAUGAGCGCCUGAAACGCCGACACCCCGGAAAUAGGUGUUUAUAAAUAAAGAAGAUAGUGAUUAAUCGUGAUUAAUCGGACGACUAGUCGAUAGAUUAGUCGACAAAAAAAUAAUCGCUAGUUGCAGCACUAGUAUUAACCACAGUUAGAUGGUGUACAGUUUUAUUUCGAAUGUUUGGUUUAAAUAAAAUAUUCAAAUAACCUCAAGUUUAUUUUGUUGUUGUUCCCCAUUUAGAAAAUAAACAGCAUGGCAGGUUAUAUAGUGAUAUUACUGGGUUUGUUUCAUUCAAAGGAGAAGAAGCCUAAUGUUUUAAACAAACCACUGGACUCUGAACAUAGUGUGCUGCAUUUAUGAGAGUGCAUGUGGGGAUUUAAUACAUUAUUUUCUCUUUUGUCCAAUUAAACCAAGAAUUAUCAAACCACAGAUUUGCUGCAAGGUAUAGAUCAUUGAUUAGUAUCAGAGUUGUUACUCUCACUCAGUUCUGCUGAACAAGCCCCCUCGACCCCCCCGCCUCCAGUCUCUUUCCUGCAGCUUGUGACCGCUGCUCUACAUUCACUCCUAAUUUGCUUAAUUGAAGUUAGCCAGCGUAGCAAGCUCAAGGUGACACUGUGAUAUGUGCGAGCGCGAGUGUGUGAGCACGAGUGAGGGUGUGCACUGUGGUACGAGUUUGAGUUUAUCCUCGAGCAGGAAUAUUUUAAGCACCCAAAAAUAAUCCCACUUCACUGAGACGCUUCAUUACACUGAAACAAAAACAUCAGCGUCACUCAGUCAAUCAAUCACUCUGCACAGCAGUCCACACAGAGGUAAUAUCAGGAUGUUCUUAACGUGUAUGUUUGUUUGUUUGUGAUCAUUUGUGCAUUGACCCAUGUGUGUGGAUGUAUUUAUUUGCGGCGGGAUGGUAUUUCACUGUCAACCUUAACCUAAUAGUACAUGAAAAUAUGAAAGCCACGGCAUUCGCUCUUUUUAAGAAAUAGAGAAAGAAGAAUUUCCACACUUUUAUCAGUGCAUUGUUUUAUGUGUGCUUGUGGAUAAAACAGAUUCAGGCUGUGACAGAUGUGUCUCUGAGUGCAUGUCAACAUCUCAUAAAAUGUUAAAAUACAUAAAUGGAUUGUAAUCAUUAUUCUUUUGAUUCUUGAAAACAAAAGUUGAGUGAAAUUCAUAGAAGUGUCAUAUAUUUGACUGAAUCUAUUCACGGAUCAAUGCCUUCUCCACUUACUUGUUUCCCUGCUAGCCAGAAUAGUGUCAAGGGAACUUUUGAUUUGCCUAACUCUAAAAGUUUUUACUGUCUAAACCAAUUAUUGAUUGAUGACAGAGUGUGCCUGAGAUUGUUUCAGUGUGUGUGCAUAUGCCUGUGGGGCGCCUUUGUAGAUGCGAAAUGACAGAGAGCUAGCGAGAAAGUGACAAAAUAAGAAAACACCAAAAUGAAAGGAGGGAACAGGCGGUGUCGGUGGGGAAUGCAGCUGUCGCUGCCUGUGAUCUCCAGAGCAGUCUGCUCACGUUUGUCAAACCCUGAAACCAUCAUCUGAACAAACUGGUUCGAUCAUCACUUUUAUCAAUACUGUUGGCUCCUUACACUCCUGUCCUGGUGGCACGCUGGCCAACUGAAUGACCCUCAACUUUGCAGUGCCAUAUGUACAUGUGCCAAAUGAUAUUGUCCCUGCCAAAGCUGCAGGCUUUGUUUUUUUGUGAGCAUGCAUGCAGCCGCUCAUUCCUUGGGAGAAGGAAGAUCAAGUUGGAAAGUAUUCUGGCUCUACAAAUAUUUUGCCGUCUGAUUCUUUUUGUUCAAAUCUACAAAUCUUGUCUCUGUGUUUGUGUCAUCUGAAGCUUCUCUUUUGUCAUUUUUAGGCCUGAUCACGACAACGGCGAGAAAACUGGACCGAGAACAACAGGCAGAGCACUUUUUAGAGGUACAGGGACUAACCUGAACUAUUUUUAUGGGUUCAUAGUGUUAUUAUUUAUCCAGCUCUGCCACUUGCCACAGCCCACUAUUAACAGAGACAGGCUGGAGGACAACCCUGGCAGGCCCUCAAGGCUCCAUAAACUGUGAUGAAUGGCUGUAGUUUUGGGCCCCAGGUUUAGGAUUUUCUAAAUGUAAUCAUUCAUCAUUGGUUAUCUUCUCUACUCAGGAUGGGAACAGGGAGGAGAGGAGUUGCUCUGCCCGGCAUUUGAUAAGCGCAGACACUGGGCAUACAGAUAGCUCUGUGAUUACCAUUCCUUUAGCUCCUGCUGCUCUGCAUGCAGAUGAACCCGAUAAUCAAAGAUUCUUGAGCAAACUUCUGCUUCUCUGGACUUUCCCUACAACUUAUUAAAACAAUCUGAGUCUACAAGCACUUCAUCUGUCUUCAUAAUGAAAUGGAAUAACCCAAAGUUGACCCCCAAUGUUGUGGUUUGUUUUCUUUUUGCUUCUGUAACGCCACUUGACUUGUCAAGACUCAAUUACUCUUUGCGCUGCUUUUACUUCUACACUUAAUAAGAACUUCCGUAUGACAAAGCACUGAACAAUGAAUGUAGCACAAGAUGUUGAGGGAGGCUGGCAUCUAACAGCGUCACAUACUUAACACCUGAAAGGAGUUUAAAAUUGGGGGCAGAGAGGUCAUUGUUGUUGCUUCAUUCUGUCAUGUCCUUUCUCUGAGAUUUCAAUAGGAAUGCCAGUCCACGCAUGCCACCCACCGCUCCUCCUGCCAGUCACUGCGCCUGUUUGUAAUUAAUAGUCAAGUGAGCAGUCAGGCUGGCAGCAGUGGUGUCCACCCUGAUCUGAUCUGAUUGAUCAGUGAUCAGACCUCUGCCUCUGCCUCCAGGGGAUCAAUAAUACAAAGUGAUUUCCUGGGAAACCAGCUCCAUGUGGUCCUACAUUCAACAUUCACAGCCACACGCAUGGAGCAAACUCUUAUGAUAGUAACGCAUACAAUGACUGAAAAAAUCCUUCAAUGUGAUUAAAUAGGCGUGAAAGACGAUGACGCAUCUUUACAGCGAAAACUCUGUAUUUGUGCUCUUACAGUUGGUGUGUUUUUUCUCAGGUUACGGUUAUAGACGGCCCAGUAACCACCCGCCAGUCCACCGUUUGGGUCAUAGUUCACAUUGAGGAUGAGAAUGACAACCCGCCAACCUUCCCUGAGGUCACUUACCGCAUCAGCCUGACCGAACGAGACCGCAACAAACGCGGUGAACCGGUCUACCGUGUAUUCGCUUAUGACAGAGACCUUGGAGCCAAUGGCAACAUCACCUACAGCAUCAUCGAUGGUAAUGAGGAUGAAAAGUUCAGUAUCGACCCCAGGACGGCUAUGGUGUCAUCCAAGAAGAUGGUGACAGCAGGAAGCUACGAUAUCCUCACUGUGAGUGUCAUAUAUCGGGUUUUAGAACGAGUCUUUCAAUUCUUUUUCAGUGUCCCGAUUUCUAUUUAAGCCCUGUGUGGUGUAAGCUUGGCUAUCGAGAGCUUGCCAAUUAGAUGUUGUGAAGGAGAUUACAGCACUCAUUAGCAACAAGGAGAACGUGACAAUAAAUCUAUAGCCUGAGUUACACACCACGGAUGCUCUUACUUUGGAUCAGACUGUGACUCCUUUCAAGCACAGCGCUUCUCUAUUGUCACUCCCUAGUUGUUUCUUUUCCAAUUUCUACUUCUUGUCACAGCUCAGCUACUCCUGUUUCACCGGUUAAUCUUUGAAAGAAACAUCGGUGCAUUUUUUACUCCUCCCAUGGCCAACAAACUUAAAUACAGCAAGGUGGCUGGACAAGCACAGCUGAAGUUUUGUGUAGCCACACAAGGUGCAUUCUUGAUAACUCGUGCAUGAAAUGUCAUUUUUAUUUCACACCAUGUUAGACUCGGUCUUAUCCCAAACACCAGCAUAAAUUGCCAUUUGCAUGGCUCCCUUUUCCUCACACGAACAAUAUAUUCAUCCUUCUCAAGCCCUCUUACAUAUGCGCUGCAGACACUUGAUUUUGUCUUGUGCAUUUCAUUUACUGAUUAGCUUGUCAUGCCUGUGUGCCCUUGGAGUCUGUUCCUGUGCCCAUGCUCAGCUGAAGUGGUAAAGAGCUCGCAGUUGAAGUGUAGAAGCUGCAGACACGCACGACAAACACCCCAGUCUUCUCCCUCUGCAACCAUCUUUCUUGAUUUUCGGGGGUGACGCUGUUCGCAGGGCAAAUAAUGCUUCAAAUAAUGUAUUUCGCUCACAGGUUCAGCUCUUCAGUGAGCACCACUUAUAGCUCCAUUUUUUAUAAUUACCUUUCAUAUACGGUCCCUCCAAAGGUUUAGCUGAUUUAUUCUGCUUAAUGCUUUUCCUAUGUGGUGCGAGAAAAGUGGAGCAAGACAUUUAAAGUCAGUCAGAGAUAGGGCGUACCAUUAAAAUGUAAUUGCUAAGAUCAAUUUUUAGGAUAGCAAAAAUAUUAUGUAUGGAGCGUUGUCACUGAGGUGUAGACUGAAGUGGAGCAUCCAUCCGUUCAUUAUCUGUAUCUCUUAUCCAAUUUGCGAUCUUAGGGAGAUGAGGUGUAGAGGAGUCUAUAUCUUAUCAAUAUACAGCCUCAAUCCCCCCAAAAGUUUGGAUGUUGUUUAAAACUUUUAUACAAACAGACGCUGAAAUCACUUCAACACAACAUUUAUAUUUUAGCGUUUUAUAGAAAAUCUAUGCUACUUUUAAAUUUGAUGUCAGUAACAUGUCUAAAAAAAUUUGGGAUAGGGACAUGUUCCCAUAGACAUUAUUUUAGCAGAGGAGACCGAUUUUUGGUAUUUCAAAAGUGUCAUGAAUUGUUGUCUUUGCUUGAUAUUAGACAUAGGCCGCUCAACAGUUUAGGGUCUCCUUUGUUUUAUUUUUUAUUUCAAGGUGAGCCAAAUAAGAAUUGCAGGUUAUUUGAAAAAAUUAUCCUACUGUAACUUUCAUUGUACAAUAUAUAUUGGGAUUUGAAAAAUAUCCCACAGAGCAUUUUUUGGUCUAACAGAGGUCUAAUAGACGUCUAAAUGUAGCCAAGACGACUGGUCUAAAAUCAGGCUACCACAGGUCUAAAAAUGAAAGUUUUUUAGACGUCUAAAUUUAGACCAAGUUUAGACUAGCCGGCUAACAGAGGUUUUACACUGUAUAUUACUCAGCGGCUAUCAUAAUUUAUUUGGUUAGGUACUUGGAGAUCAGUUUUGCAACUCACAGCUGCUUUUUGAAACAAACAGUUAUCGAAUAAUUGGUUAAAAUGCAACAUCUAAAUUCAAUCUAGACGGUUCAAAUUAGGUCUAAAAAAAAAACUAGAUGUCUAAUAGCCGUGUAUUGCUCAGUGGGAUAGGACAAUAAUUUAGUUUAUUUACUAAUUAAAUCCAGUGUGUUUGUACAUACCUAUUUAAAAAAUAUCAACUUCUUGUUGUCAUGUGGAUUUCAAAGCCUAUCUCAAAUUACAAAGGCUACCCCUCUUACUUUACUGCACAAUGUUCAGCCCUCUGACAGAGAGACAAGAGGAGGCAGAGCAGAAGUGACAUAUUAUUUCAUUGAUUAAUUAGUUUAAAGUUAUGUAGGAUUCAGGUCAAUAGCCCCAUGAUAUUCCUUUUAACAUAAUGAAAACUUCCAAUCUUUCUCAUCACAAUACUACAUGCACUACAGAUCAAGGGUUGAGACUCGCUGGGUCCAUUAGCAGUCUGUAUGUGUGCCCACGAUGUAAACAUGCACCAGGGUGAGCAGGAAUACACUGUGUGGCAGGGUAUCUGAGGUUCACACUACUACUUCUUUUUUAGAUCUGGGGAUGCAGUGUAAAAAUGUCAAACUUGAUUCAUCAGACCACAGUUUUCCACUUUGUCUCAGUCCAUUUUGAAUCAACUGAAGCUCAGAGAAGUCCCUGGCUUUUCCGGAUCGUGUUUUGUAUCAUUUCCUCUUAGAAUGGCACAAUUUGAACCUGCAUUUGUGGAAGCAGUGACAAGCUGUGUUUAGAGACAGUGGUUUUUGGACGUGACUUGUGUCCAUGCAGUAUUAUCCACUACAAUGCCAUGUCUGUUUUUAUUGCAUUGCUGCCUGAGGGCUCAAAGAUCACAGCAACCCAGUAGUACUGGAUUCUGGACUUUCUCUUUUUUUAACAGAAAUAUCUACAGAUCUUCUGAAUCUUUUAUUUAUAUCAUGCUCUUUAGUGCUGAAAUAUCUAAAUUCUAUGCAUUUUUAUGCUAAAGAACAUUAUUCUGACGUUGUCGAACUAUCUGUUCAGGCAGUGAAGGACAGAAUGGUGAAUCUCUGCCCAGCUUUGCUUCGUAGAGUUUAGACCUGGCUAGUUUGGAGAUGUUCCUCUGGGUUUUUUUUGUAUCUCACAUAAUAUUUUUCAUUUUUUAGUGUCUCCACAUCAACUACAUUGAAAUAUUUUGUUGGUAUUGAAAUGAAAAUAAGCGUAGAUUUAAAGUAAAAUUACUUCUUUCAGUUUCAGUGUCUGAUAUGUUGUCUUUGUCAUCUUUUCAGUUAAAUAUAGGGUUUCACUGAUUUGCAGCUCAUCAGAAUUAGUUUUUAUCAACACGUUACACAAAUGGGAUUUAAGUUGUGUUUUUCAAGGUUUACGUGAAGAAGAGAGACUAAACUCUUGAAUUUUUUUAUAUACAGUACAGGCCAAAAGUUUGGACACACCUUCUCAUUCAAUGCAUUUUCUUUGUUUUCAUUACUAUUUAAACUGUAGAUUCUCAAAACUAUGAAUGAACACAUGUGGAAUCAUGUGCUUAAGAAAAAAGUGUGAAAUAACUGAAAACAUGUUUUAUAUUUUAGAUUCCUCAAAGUAGCCACACUUUGCUUUUUUGGUAGCGCUGCAAACUUUAGCUGUUCUCUCAAUGAGCUUCAUGAGGUAGUCACCUGAAAUGGUUUUUACUUCACAGGAGUGCCUGAAGUAACCCUGACAAGGUACUUCUGUCAUCAAGAGCAAAGAGUGGCUAUUUUAAAGAAACUAGAAUAUAAAACAUGUUUUCGGUUAUUUCACACUUAUUUUAUAAGCACAAAAUUCUACAUGUGUUCAUUCAUAGUUUUAAUGCCUUCAGUAAUAAUCUACAAUGUAAAUAGUCAUAUAAAAAAUAAAGAAAAGACAUUGAAUGAGAAGGUGUGUCCAAACUUUUGGUCUGUACUGUAUCUUGCAUAGAUUCAUAUAUAGGGAUAGGAAUUGAUACGAUUUCAUCGAUAUUGUUGCUAUUAAAGAUCCUGCUUAUCAAUUCAAUUCUAUAACGAUUCACUUAUCAAUGCCUUUCUUUUUUCAAUGUUAACUCAAAAUUUUGUUGAGUCUUUGAUAACAGAAAAAGAUGUAGUCUAAAAAUAAUUAAACGACAAACUAUUUGUACAACAUUUACUUGGUCGGUAUUAAGUCGAAUCAGGGUGACCAUACUCUGGAUCCCUAAAAAGUAGAUACGGCUACAAGGGAUGGAGUCAUACGCAAAUUUUUUAGGGUUUUUCUGGUUGGGUUGAGUGUUUUUUUACACGCUUCUAACUCAGAUAGUCCACACUACACAAACUCAAAACUUCCAUACAAGACUCGUCGUCUUUCUUAAUAAAAUGAAGCCACGCUUUAGAUCGUUUUUGCCUACUUUUCAUACCAUCCACCAUUUCUUUCCUCAAAGUCUCUGUUCUCCUUUGCAUAGACUGCCUCUCACAAGACCAUUUUUCCAAAGCACCCAGGAGAAAGGGAUCGUAAAGGGAAUCAUUAAAAUGAAAUGUAAACGAUGUCGAUGGAUUGAACCGUUUCUCGAUUCCCAUCCCUUUUCAUAUAUACUCAUCAAAUCAUGAAUGCAAGUUGUUUGAUAUAAAUCUUUAAGGCUCUAGCUUAGUGUAUUCAUUUGCAGCAACUAAAUUAAACCGAUCGAUGUUCAAUUUAUUCUCAGUAUCCUUCUUUUUCACAGAUUAAAGCAGAAGACAGCGGUGAUCCCCCCUUAUGGUCGACUGUCAAACUUCACGUAGAGUGGAUUCGCAAACCUGUCCCCUCUCCUAUGCCUCUACAAUUCACUCAGAGAUACUACAAUUUUUCCAUUGUGGAGACAGCUGCUGUAGCUCAGCCGGUGGGAGUAGUCGCUGUCAGCCAGUCAAGUACGCCUCUUUGGUUCAACAUCAUUGGUAAGUACAUGCGGGUCAGCAAGGGAGCUGUACCGUACAUACAGUAUAUCAAGUAAGUUCUGCUGUAACUGUAUUCCAAAUGAACUGCUCUGGGUUAACAAGACAGAACAAGUGAUUCUUGACAUAUGUGAUGCAUUGAAUAGGAAACUCGUUCUCUACAUCUUCCUCAUAUCCAAUGAAAGUCAUGGAUGCCUAAAAAAACAGAUAUGGUCAGUUUACCUUAAAUUGCCCUCUGAGGGAUUCGUAAAGUGUUUUGACUCUUGCUGACUUGAUCUUUCUAUCUGCAUGGUGCAGUGUUACGGUGCUGCUUCUGAGAGAUGUUAUUUGGCUUUUUGGGUCAGAUCUUAUUGCACGAGCUUGAACUGACACCCUGGAAGCAAUGUGUUUCACACCGUGCAAUAUCAGAGUUAGCAUAGUGUUAAGUCUCUUGAUAUAAAUUGCAGACUUCUUCAAAGACCUCCACAACAACUUUUCUGUGACUUGGAGAUAUUUUAAGUUUACUUAUUUUUUUUUUACUUAUGUUUACUUAUCUCAUACUGCUGUCACUCAUCACAGCCUCGCCUUUAGUAAAUAUUCCUCACAGUUAAAAUUAGCUCAUAAAAAUCAAAGUGCCACUGACAUGUCAUGUUGUUGCAAAUUAAUGUAAACAAGGAAAUGAAAAAAAGUACUUUAUGUGGUGUAUUUCUCUAAAAAUGAGCUGGAAAACUAAAGACAAAAGAGAGGUUCUCUGCUGCUGUUUCAGCCCUGAUCGAGGCAAUGAAUCGUCUCAGGAGCAGAUUGUUCUAUGCCUGUCUGCCUUCUCAAAAAAUUGAAGCUCUGUUUUGCCCCUUGAUUCGAGUCUUUGAUAGAAUUAUCAGUGAAGAGCUCAUUAUUGAUUGCUGCACUACUGUUCUGAUUGCAAAUUCUUUGCAGAGACCCAGAGACUCCCUCACUUGGAUGUUAAUUUGAGAGGGAGCUUUCUCUUUCUUUUGCACUCACCCACAUCAAAUAGAGAAAAUGCAGGCCUGGUGUGUUUUUACUGUUCCACUUUUACUGUUGAUAACAGUGGGGUAAUUGUGCAGCAAAAGUUCAUUAAUAUUUUACCCAUUUUUUUAACAAAAAUGAAGUCAAGCUUAUUAUUCACUGUCUGAUAUUUGAGAGCUGGGCUUUAAAAACCCAUCUAUGAUUGAAUUAUACUUGCUGCACUUUGCUGAAAAGUUCACUUACAUUACUCAAUAAAACAUAUAAAUGUGAAACACGUCAAGAAGUCGACUUUGCAGAGUGCUGUAGACAUACUGUAGAUGAUACAGACCUUUGAAGAAUAUCCUUGACUUCCUAAAUAUUAAUCACCUCUACCACUUUUUCUCUCUCCUCUGCGCGGUCAAGGCGGACGGCUGGCCAGAGAGAUGUUUUAUAUCCCGCAGAAUGCGUGUGGAAGGAACUGCUCACUCGAUACAGGUCCGGUCAAAAUUAAUUUCGCUUCUCUUUUUUUCUUGUUUACUCAAGAUCCAAAGAAGUUUAAGAAAGGCUGCACUCAGUUUGAGUGUCUUAUUUAGCCAAAGGCUGCAUUGAUUGAUCUGAAGAGCCCAAAUAAAUAAGGAUUAUAUAAAGACUCUCAUACAUCUCUUCACAAACUGUCUCAGCCAGACGGGACAGCUCAUGGCUUUGGUUCAAUCAUUGUGUGCUUCUUUGGAAAGUAAACAGGAAUACAGUAUGAAUAAGUCUCUGUGUUAGUACUUCAGAAUGACUAACUUAAACAUAAAUAGCUACAAAUCAUGAGAAUAGCUUAAUCAAAUUGUCUUCAGUGUUUCUUAUUGAGAUAUAUGUAAUCUCUAAAAACCAAAUUAUGUUUUUAAAUGCAUAAAAAAAGCAGAAUCUGUCGAAGUUUGAAGCAUUUUAGUUUCUAAUCAGAGUGGGAUGAGAAUUAUCCACGACUGUUUUACCAGGCACUCGAUAUUCAUGAACACACAGUCCAUGUAGAGUGCAUGAUGCUUGAUGUCGUCUUUCCACUUCAACUUCAUUUGCACGUCUCCUAUUGCUAGUGGCAACAACUCACUUGGCAAGAGCUCUGUAAUGCUGAAAGCUGGUAACACCAGGGGCCCAGAAAACGUAGAGUAGAUCAGUAGAUCCUUGAUUGACAUGAAUGUUACCAAGCUAAUAAUCCUAAAGUUUGAAGACUCCACAUCCACGGAGUGACCCAGUCUUGUAAAUGAAAGUUUUGCUUAGACUGAAAAAUAAACUGAUUAGAUUUGGCUGUUGAAAGGUCAAAGUUCACUAUGAUCUCACAUCUGUCCUUAUCUCAGAAAAGCGGGCGUUUUUAAUACAUCUGGUUUAUUGUUGUUUUCCCUCCUUCAGAGAAAACUAUAUCAUUUAAGAUUUAUGUGUGCACAGUUCUCCUCACUUGAACCCUUGGGUGCUUGUUUGUUUGGCAGAUGCAGGAGCGGGUUACUGACGAUCUCACGCUCUGCAGAAAAACACAGACAGAGAUCGUUUUGUGGUAUUACUUCCUUCCUGUCGAUAGUCGUGCUUUUAACCUAUAUUAUUUUAUUUUAGCAUUCAUUAUGCCAUUAUUAAUUCAGAGUCAGGCUUUCUGUCUUAUAUAUUUUUUUAUUUACAGAAAUAGCCUCAUUAGCCUUUAACAUUCUACAGGAAACACUAUUGGCUAUGAAUAGCAAUUGGAAAGGUUGACCAAUGCAAUCAAGUGGGUAGCAGCAAUUCUUGGCUUCAAUUUGAUGUGUGUUACUUAGGUCCACAAGGAUACCUAAUGAAGUCAGUCAAGGAUAUGCUUAUAAUAAAGCUAUUCACAGUAAAGAUAGACUGAUUAUCUGCAUUGGUAGAUUAUUGGUGUCACUGUUGGCUGAUUAUCUGUAUCAACUUUUUUUUUUUUUUUAUUUUGCAAACAGUCAAUAAGAUCAUGAAAAAAAAUCUGUGCUACUUUGGCUCCAGUUCUGGUGUGUCUUUCCUUUUUAGUCUGUUUUCUUGCACCACUUUGGACUAUCUUUUGUCACACCUUGUCAAUACAAAUUUAUUUGACAGAAAAGUUUUUCACUUUUACUGUCAUGUUGGUUUCAAAUAUUGGUUAUUAUCGGUCUUGUGAUCCACUAAGACUGACCAUAGGGUACUCCAUAGGGUACUUUGAGCUUUACUUGUAACAGUCUAACUCCAGUUGAGUCUUUUAAAACAGCUAAGGAGCAAACAAGGUCAGAUAGUAGAAAAGGGGAAAACUAUUAGCUACUGAAAACAACAGCUUUUCAAAUAGUCAUUUGCAAAUCUCAGUCAAAAUGAUUUCCAUAUACUGAAAGUUUUAAUACUGUGCACACAAACGCUCCCAAAAACAAUAAAACUUUUCCUAAAAUACGAUGUGAUAGGAAAUAUAAAGAGCAAUUUAGUUUUCUUCAGAGACUACAGACUGCGGUUUCUGUGUGAUUGUCAUGUAAUAUUGACUGACCUCUCCUCCAGAAAAAAAACAACAAAAAAAGUGAAUCCCUGUGGUGUGCUUCUACUCAACACGCCUCAGUGGUCCUGUGAAAAAUGUCCAAUCAGUAUUCAUAUGCUGAGUGGAGCUCAAGCGCCAGAUAUCUCGAGAGAGACGCUGGAAUGAGACGAAGGAUGGCACAGAAUACCGAACACGCAUCAAUCCUCUCUACCUCACUUUAAUCAAACAUUAAGCUCCUAAACUGUACUCUCACCGCCAGCGGAAAACACCCAGCUGCAGGUUUUUUGAUCUCCGAGAUGGGUUGUGUUUUGGAGUGAUAAGACAGAUGUUUGUGUGGCUCUUAACAGCUCUCAGGCUGCCAAGUGGGUUGGGUGCUACAUUGCAUUGCAUUGCAGUUCAUUUUAUUUCACAGACCCUCCAGCUCCAGACGCAGGCACCUGGCCAAAACAAUUACACAGUAAUAACUUAGAGCACCUGAGUUUAAAACGCAGAGUGAAUACCAAAUGACCGAAGCACCCUAAGUAUACGCGUGUGUGUGUGUGAUCCUAGGGAGCUUUGACAUGCAGUUUGACCUUCAAGUCGGGGUGGGGACUCUAGUCGUGGCCAAGCCCCUGGAUGCAGAAAUGCAGUCUGUGUACAACAUGACCAUACAGGUGACAGAUGGGACCAACUUUGCCACAGCACAGGUACACACACUUUUUGAUUUGUUGUGUUCUGGCACUGCCUCUUACACACUCAAUAUCCACAUCGAAUUAAAUUAUUGUUACCUCUUCCUGGGGGAGCUGUUUACUCUCAGCUUUCCUCCUUCCAAAGCCUGCACUCCCUUUUUCGGAAAUUAUCUCCUGCUGACUAUGUAAUUUGUUUUUUGUUGCUCUGUUUUUGACAUUUUGGGUGCCACUGCUGUUUUGGCUGGCCCUACUAGGUCUGCUUUGUAAGGAAAAUUCUUCAUAGAAUGGAUUAAUGAGAUUAGCCUUGGCAAAUAAAGGGCAAGUAUUUGUUAAAAUGCAAAAAAAAAAACCUUGCCAAUAUCCUGCUAAGAAAAGACUGUCCAGUUUGGAAAAAUUGCCCUUGCUGUAGGGAUUAAGUGUAAAUACUAGUUACUCUACUCUGCAUUCAAAAAAUGAAGAAAUAACUUCACCCAAGUGUGCUCAAGAUAAUCAGUAAAAAGUGACUCUAUACAAGGACUCUUAUCUUGAAGGACAAUACACCGAGUAUAUUUCUGCUCUCAACCCACUGUUGACUUUUCCACUUCUGUGUCUUUGCUUAGGUGUUCAUUCGAAUACAAGACAGCAACGACAACCCGCCCAUCUUUUCGCAGCCAGCCUAUGAUGUCAGUGUCUCAGAGGAUGUACCCGUUGACAUGGAACUCGUGAGGGUGAGAGCCACGGACAUGGAUGAGCGUUCCCGUCUGAGCUUCUCCAUCUACAGCAGCGUGGACCCGGCCAGUAUGAGACUGUUCCGUGUGAACCCUGGCACAGGAGUCGUCUACACAGCGGACAGGCUGGACUACGAGGCCAGAACGCAGCACAUCCUCACUAUAAUGGUCAGAAUGGAGACACGAUAACAGUGUGUUAAUUUAAUGUGCUUGGUUGGCUUUUAGAAUAAGUGUGUGUUAAUCAAGAAGCAGCCUUCAGGGCUAUGAAAUGAAGCCAGUGUGAAAGGGCGAAAAACUAAAUUUCUUUGAGUGGCUGGUAGGGAAUCUCAGUUUGGCCCCAUAUCAAAUGCCUGACUUGAGUAAAACACAGUAUUGCCUUUUUGAAUUAUUCCUCUUUUUCAUACAAGUUGAUGUAGUUAAAGGAAUAUUCCGGCAUAAAAUUAAUUUAGGGUCAAACACACCGAAACAGCGAGUUAGACACCCCCUCGAGAGAUGAAUGUUACCAACUUUAGUAACAACCGCACGAUAGUAAUACACAGAGGUCAUUUCUUUAUCAUUUCCUCGAAGUAAUAAUCGUCAUAUUAAUCAUUUUGCACUGCAGACGCAGUAGUUCUUCUGCCUUAGCGUCUUGGUCUGAUUGCAUUUCCAUGAAGUAAUAAUCAUAGAUAUUCGUCCUUGAGCUGCGUCACCCCGCUGUCGUCCGUAAUGGACUGGCCCGAGGUCUCUGGAAGAGAGUAGGUGAGUUGUGUUUAGUCUCUUUGCUAAAGAAAUCAGGCAAAGUUAAAAAGAUGUUUGGUGGCGAGCGCUGUGGCUAGGACCCUAUAUGUACUGUUGAUGUAGUUAGGUGCUGUUCUCAGCAUUAUUUGUGCCUAUAGAGUGGCGUUUUGAUUGAGGUUUGUGUUUGGCUCCAUAGACCGCUGUGUAUUGCUAUUGUGCGGUCGUUACUAAAGUUGGUAUAACUAGAGAAGCAAGCGGUCGGCAACAUUCAUUUCUAGAGGGGGUUUCUAACUCCGUGUUACGACCUGUUUUUGACCCUAAAUUAAUUUUACUCCAGAAUGUCCCUUUAAAUUGUCAUACAGCAUAAUUACAGAAAAAUAAUAUUAAUUGGACAGGUUGAUGCCGUUAGCCAUCUCUUGAGUUUUUCUCACAGGAAACAGGGGCGAUCGAGGCUCCACACAAACUUGUCUCGUCUGUGAUCAAACAAAGAAAACAGCAGCUGCAGUCAUCACCCACAUAAAAACAAAAUGUCACUCUGUGUCAGUCAACUCGCCAUGGGCAUACUCUUUAGCUUGGAUUACAAUUUGGUUGGCCAGCCAAGGAUUAGCCACUAGGCUUAUAAAAGACUCUGGACAAAACAAAAAAGAGGUGAUGAAGGCUACCUUCAUUGUAUAGUCCUGAUUUAUGUAUGCAUCUGUGCUCUCUUUCAAGUGCCCCUCUUGGCAGCUGCACCUGACUUCCUUAAUUUAAUCUGAUUUCUUUCAUUAAUCACCUCCUACAGUUUUAUCCAUAUUCAUCUAUAAUUUCACCUUAGGUCAAGGAUCAGGAGUUUCCAUUUAAUCGUGACCUGGCUCGUAUCCUCGUGGCAGUGGAGGACUCUAAUGACAACAUCCCCUACUUCACCAGCACCGUAUAUGAUGCAGUGGCGUAUGAGUCUUCUCCUAUAGACACCUCUGUGCUUCAAGUGACAGCCUUAGACAAAGACAAUGGAAUAAAUGGGCAACUCACCUACAGUAUUGAAGCAGGUGGGAUGCAAUCAGAUAAUAAAGAAGCUUGUUUUAAUUAUGUUGUUUUUCUACAGUUAAAAACUCUGGUUUGAACUGUGAAUGGCUUUUUAAUGCUUCCUCAGAGGAGAGCUAAUUGGGAUUGGUAUUUACCAGUAAUGAUGUCUGUAACCUUUCCGCUUCUUUCAGGUAACAGUGGCGGUGUGUUUGGCAUCGAUAAUGCCACUGGCCUUAUCUACAUUGCCAGGGAUUUGGACGCCAACUCCCUGGGCUUUUACACACUUACCGUGCGUGUCACAGACAGUGGGUUUCCUCCCUUAAUGGCCACAGCCACAGCUCGCAUAUCCUUAAUCCUCUCUGACUUCUCCAAACCUAAAUUCACACAGAAGGAGUAUCAGGCGGAGGUAAAAGAGACAUGGAUGACAGAGAGUUUCUGAAGAGAAAUAAUAGAAAGGAAAUUUGAAGAAGCUAAAUAUUACAGUUAAUUUUCAUCAGUGGUUGUGACUUAAUCUUUUCAUCAACAGAUAAUGGAAAACAGCACUAUAGGUACACAUGUGACCACUGUAAGUGCUCUCAGCCGCUCCGCACUGUUCUACGAUAUUACCAGAGGCAACGAUGAGCACUGCUUCUUCAUCAACCAUCACACUGGUGUAAUCAGCACGCGCAAGCUACUUGACUUUGAGGUUUGUAAGUGCAUGCAUUUUAAAGAGGUAAAAGAGUAAAUUAAUACCGUCUCUGCUGUGACAUGAUAAAAUUAACGUGUCUGAAUGCGCAUGAUCUCACUGGAUUUCUUUGUGGUGGCAGCAAACAACCUCUUACUUCCUGGUGGUGCACGCUCUGAGCAUGGCUGGAGUGGAGGCCAGUACAACGGUUAUCAUCCAGGUGGGGGAUGUCAAUGAUUGCCCACCUGUCUUCCAACAAAUCAGGUAUCAGCUGCCGCCAAAAGAGAAGAUUUCAUGCUUCUGUGAUGUUUGCUGAGCCGGAAUAAUUAUUUUCUGGAGUCUUUGAACCUUUUCUCUUCUACAGCAGUGUCCUGUUGUUUCUCUCGGCUCUAACAGGUAUAUUGGUGUGAUAAGUGAGGCUGCUCCAGUGAACAGUGUGGUCAUGGGAGUGGAUGGGAACCCUCUGGUCAUUCAGGCAGCUGAUAGGGAUCGCAAUCACAAUGCCCUGUUAGUGUUUCAAAUCCUGGAUGAGACAGCUCGAAUGUUUUUUAGUGUGGACUCUGGAACAGGAUCAAUCCGGUGGGUCACAUUUUUGAAAACGAACGCCCUCACUUUUGAAAAAUUCUGGUUCAUAAUAUUCAUCUUUAAAAUCUACUAAUAUGAAUUUUUAUGAAUGAUUCUUUAAUCCUAGAACAAUUGCCAGCUUGGACUAUGAGACUUUCUCUGAAUUCGUCUUCCGGGUUCAUGUUAGAGACAGCGGUCAGCCCCCAAGGAGUGCUGACAGCCCAGCAGAUGUCAUUAUUAAGGUAACAAUAUGAUAUAUGAAUCAGAAUUCACUGCCUCGUGAAUCCUUCCUGACUCAGUUUUAUUCUUUAGGUUACAUUUUUAGACAUUCUCCCCUCUGUGUUGACCCCGUCUUAGGUGAUCAACGUCAAUGACUCGCCUCCAAAGUUAUCACAGGAUACAUAUGAGACGAUACUCCUCCUGCCGACCUAUGUGGGAGUCGAGGUUCUUAAAGUUGAGGCCUUUGACCCGGACAUUGCCCCUGACCUCACUCCGAACCUGGACACGUCAAUCACCCCCCAAUUGAUUUACUCUUUGGUAGACAGCAGUGUGGAGUACUUCUCUGUGGAGCGCUACACUGGAGUAGUGACCGUCAUCAAUGAGAACCUCAGUAAAGACCGGUAUCGCUUCAGUGUGAAGGUAAGCCAUCGUAUAUCGUCCUCUUGUAGAAAUCUAGAAUACACUGCAAAAAUAGCCCUACUAGAAAGAAGCAAAAUAUUCUUACAUUCAAUUUAAUAAUCUGCCAAUUGGCUUAGCUUUUUUUGCUUGACAAGAAUUCUCAAAUUAAGAACAAAUUUCUUGGCCCUGACAGACUCAAAUGAAACUUAAACCAGACAGAAAAUCUUCUAUUAAUCUAAUUUUUUCUACAGCAAGCAAUACAAACUGAAGAUGAAGUUACAAUUAGAAUUUUAGUCUCUUAAAUAAAUGAACUUCAAGAAAAUACACCUUAAUCCAGGAUUAUUAAUGAGCAUGACAGUAGUUCAAAUAAGACAUAAUUUCUUAAAACAGCAGAGCAAAUAUAAGUGAUGUUGUCUUAAAUCAAGAUACCAAAACAUUCUUAUUAAAUAUAUAUUUUUUUAUUCCACAAGCAAGCAUGUUCUUUGUUGUUCUUUGUUGUUUUGCAGUUUUCAUCUGGUCAUUGUGUUAUGUUGGCUGUUGUACAGACUAGCCUACUGACACCUUUAUAUGUCAGAUAAUGUAGGAGGCAGCAGAUUCUGUCAGGUUCAGAUGACCUACAAUGGAAAUCUUCAUUUAAUAAAUACAUAUGUCUUACUCAUAAAAUGAGACGAAUGAUCUCGUUACUCCACUGGAUUUUAUUGUAAAACAUUUUUUGACUCUAUUUCCGGUUCAUUUUUUCUCAAUAUUAGCUGGAAUAUCUUAUAAAAAAGUUAGCCAUUUUCUCUUCAAAUUAGGUAAAUUUUCUAAUGCAAACAUGCUUGACAAGAUUAAUAUUCUUUUUGUACAAAAAAAUAAGACUUUUUUCCUUUCUUGAAAUUCAUUUUUUGCAGUGUAUAAAUAGAUAUUGUCUAUGACCAUAAGAAUAUGUAAGUUCUAGAUAUACAAACUUGGACGACCGUAAGUAACACAACAGAAUGACACAGUGCGAUUGCAUAAGCGUAAAACUGGAUGUAUUAUAUAGCAGUUUUUGUACCACAGAAUCAUUAAUGCGUUCAAUACUAAGCCUCCAUCUUCUCCUCCUUUUCUUAUAUUCUCUUAUAUGCAAUAUUAAAAUUGCCAAGUUCAUUUUAUAUUAAUGGUAUUGCAGCAAGUAUCAGUAAGGCUGGCAUUGCAGGUUGAAAAAACAAACAAAAAAACAACUACUCUCUGUUUAUCAAUUGGUAGAAUUCACCUGUGAUUUGUGAAACAACGAUUUAUGAGACAACUUUAUAAUAUAUAAGGAAGUGCAGAAAGUUGUGAAAUUAAUACCUGAAUGUGCAAAUCCACGGAAAUAACACUGUAUACAGCUCCCUCUUUCUUCACAUGUGGCGACCUUGUUGUUUUCUGUAGUUCUGGUUCAAGGAAUUAUGCUGGUCUCAUCCUUUUAAAACCACCUGACUGCAGAGAAAAGUCCUUCUAUUGAUCUUUUCUGUGCCACAGAAAAGUCAAGUGACACCUCAAAUGCCCUCUUUAAUGGAAAACUGCACAGAGCCAGAAACUAUCCCUGUUUUGGGCUUUUGGUUUAAUCAUGCCAGCCAACAUAAAAAAAGCAGAACUUAAUCAAGCUAAUUUUAUAGAACACCUUUUGGAUGUCUUUUUCACCCCGGUAUUUUUAUCAAGAAAGUACAGAGUCAUGAAAAGUUUGACUGAAAACACCAACAAGAUUGCAGAUUGUCCUCGCCCUCUGUUUAAUAACCAGCGCUAUCUAAAUGCAAAGAACACUUUUCCACUUUCCCUCGAGUGCCAUAAAAGACACUCUUAACCUUCUGUUUCUGUUUGUUGUUAGGUAUGGGACGGCCGUUUCGCCAGCAUAGCAUCGGUGAUAGUGCUUGUUCGAGAAGCUAUCGACAGCGGCCUCCUCUUCACUGCCCCUUUCUACACCGCCUCCAUCCCAGAGAACGUACCAAACGUCACUCUCGUAACUGUUGUAAAUACAGUCGGCCACCGCCUCAACGAGCCGCUAAAGUACACUCUGCUGAACCCUGGCGGUCGGUUCACCAUCCGGCCAACCUGCGGAGUGGUGCUUACCACCGGUGUGCCUUUUGACCGAGAGGAGAAGAAGAGUUACGAUCUGGUGGUGGAGGUCAGCAGGGAGGAUGAGAUACUGAGGGUGGCCAGAGUGACUGUCCAAGUUGAGGUGGGUGCUGAAAUUUGUUGGAGGUGUAAAUGCAUGUUGUAAGGUGCAGAAUUUUAAUAUUUGAGGCCAAUAAGAAGAAGAAACAAUUACAGAAUAUGAGAUUAAUAAAAUUAUUGAGAAGAUAAACAUUAAGCCUGUUAGCUAUGAUGGGACAGUAACUGUAUUACUCUUGUUGUUGAUUAUUUCUAACAGUGUACAGUGUAUCUAAGUGUGUAUUGUUUCUGCAGGUAGAGGAUGCAAACGACAACGCUCCAAAGUUUGUAAACCUCCCAUACUACGCUUUGGUGCAGGUGGAAGCAGAGCCAGCAUCAUCGGUUUUUACUGCAACAGCCAUCGAUCAAGACUAUGGGCUGAAUGGUGAGGUAACUUACAGCCUUAAAGAGCAGCACAGGAACUUCCAGGUGAGAACUACAAAAUCCUGCUCUUAAAUGUUCUCUAGUUUUAUAGGUCCUUAUGUUUUAUGCAUACAUAAAAAAAAUGUCACAUAUACCUUACAGGUGAACCCAGUGACAGGAGAGCUGACCUUAAAGAGAGCUUUUGAGGUGGACUUAUCCAACGCAGAGUACAAGGUGGUCCUUGUGGCCACUGACGGAGGCUAUCCCCCUCUGUCCAGCGAGGUGGAGCUGCCCGUCACCGUUGUAAAUAAAGCCAUGCCAGUGUUUGACAAACCCUUCUAUGGAGUCACUGUCAGAGAGGAUGUAUCCGUCUCCACCUCCGUUCUGUGCAUCAACGCCACAAGUCCUGAAGGCCAGAGCAUCAUCUUCACCAUCUCUGACGGAGACCCUUCCCUUCAGUUUGACAUCGGCUUCGACUCAGGAAUCAUAAGCGUGAUUUAUCCGCUGGACUACGAGACCACGCAGUAUUACCGAUUGACAGUGAAAGCUACAGACACACUGACCGGGGCAAAGUCAGAGGUCGAUGUAGACAUCGUUGUGCUGGAUGUGAAUGAUAACCCGCCACUGUUUCAAAACACCUCGUACUCUUCUGUGGUUACUGAGAACUCCAUGAUUGGAACGACUGUGCUACAGGUGUGUUGUGGCGCUCUUUGAUGAGUCACUCUGCUGUAUACUCUGACUGAAUGAUUGUUUGCACUUCGGACACUCACAGUCGUAUUCCGGAUGAAUAUUAGAUGGCAAAUAAUUUAUUUAUGAGGGGACAGUGUGAUAUUUCCCAGAAACUCCCAAGUGGAAGCUCUUGACCUUUAGUGAAUAAUAGACCUUAGCUGCUGCUGCACUGUAAAACAUGUUUGCUCAAGAUAAUAUGGAGACACCAAAUUAUUAAAAUCAGUGAUUUCUCUUAACAUAUAUAUUUUUAGAUUGACAUUAAAAUAGGUAAUUGGUCUUGUUCUUGGUCCUGCUGCCCUAUGACAUUAAAUUAAUCAAAAUCAGGGGGAAAAUAUAAUAAUGUCAGAUCAUUAAAAUGUUUAAGGGAUAGUGUACAGUGAACAGGUGGUUUUCCAAUCAACACAAGACAGGGUGAGCAGGCCGGGUUCUUGUCUCACCCUGGCAAGACUACCAAGUCAAAAUGAAUAUAAAUUGACACAUAUAAAUAUUAAUUUGGAGAGUAAUUUAAACCAAUUAAUUUACAUUAAGAUAAUAGCCCUAUUAAUUCCAGGGUUGGUACUCCUUUCACAGCAAUGGACUAACAGACUUUUUGCCAGACAAAUUAACAUCACAGAGAACACUUCAAUUGAAGUUCAAGUUACAACAGUAGCACUGAUUUUUUUUGUUUUGUUAUUAUUAUUAUUAUUAUUAUUAUUAUUAUUAUUAUUAUUAUUAUUAUUAUUCACAUUAAACUGAACAUUUCCACUGAAAGUAACUUCAGAAAAGGUGAACAAGACUUCUGCAGGGAUCUUUAUCUUGACUUUUUUUUGUCCUAAUGCAUGUUGUGUGCAUUUAAGAGUUUAAUAGUUUGAUUAGAAAUGAGAUAAGCAAGUUUUAAUCAGCAAUUUGUUCCUAAAGUUAUCAAUAUGACCAUCAAUUCCCACAAAUGGUGUGAAAAUUUUUUAAGGAUGAGUCCAAACUGGCAAGUUUUUUGGAGGAUUAAUCAUUUCAGAGAAUAGUUCAUUCCUUUAUUUCAAUCCUGUGACCUUAGAUUAGAGUUUAACAAUACUGUUCAGACUCUGCCUUUUGUCUUUGAUACCAGCAAUAAAAAGAAAAACUUGACAGACUGUGGAUAAAAGACUGAUAAGAAUGACAGAGGAUUACGAGACUGACAGAAAAAGAUUUUCAUUCACAAAGACAAGUAAUUCUCUGUCUGUCUCUCUUUGCUUCACAAUAGUCUUAGUGUUCACAUCCAAUUUUAGGCGUUCAUGAAAAUUAGAAACUAGAGCCCAGCUUUUACUUUGCCAUAGCGCUCAACACUUAAAAUUUAUUUUCCAUAACAUGAGACAGACGCUUCUUUUUUUGCAUUAAAAUAAAACAGUAACGCUGAAUAAUAAUUAUCUGUUAUAGCUACUUAAUAGAUCAUUUGUAAACUGUUAAUUAAUGAGUUAUUAAUGACCUGUUAAGUAAUUGUUAACAGUUUAAGGAUUUAUAAUGAUGCCUAUGGAUAGUUAUAUCAUUGAUUAACUGUUAGUUAAUGAGUUAUAAAUGGCUUGUUAACUGUAUGUUAAUGAUUUAAAACUAUACCUUAUAAAUUAGUAAUAGAUCAUGAACAAGCUGUUGAACAAGUUGCAAAUAUUCCUCAAAUAUUAACUGUUAGUAAAUAAGGAAUAGUUGCAACUUUAGAAUAAUGUCCCAUAACAUAUAUAAACUAUUAACUGAUACUUAACAAGUGAUUAGAAAGUUAUUUACUAAUAGCUUGUUCAUGAUCUAUUACUAAUUUAUAAGGUAAAGUUAUAAAUCAUUAACAUACAUUUAACAAGUCAUUUAUAACUCAUUAACUGUUUAUUAAUGAUAUAUUAACUAUCGAUAAGGCAUCAUUUUUAAUACUGAACAAACUUUAACAAACACUUAACAAGUCGUUAAUAACUCAUUAAUUAACAGUUUAUAAACUAGUUAUAAUGGAUAAUUAAUUAUAACCUGUUACCAAUAAAACAAUCAAAACAUUCAUCUUACUGGAAUUCCACUCUUGGCCAUUUUUUCUGCAAAUUGGGACCUUCAGGAUGUGCUCAAAAAAGGGAUCACAUCAGAAUCUUAUCAUUUUUUUUGGUGGUGUAUACCACAAUGAAUUCCUGUGAAACCUGGAGUUUCAUUUCUUCUUUUCUUUUGGAAGCAGUGAGGCUACUGUAGCCGGAGAGGGCGAGGGUAAACAAAUCAAGGCUUCUCUUGAAUUAUGUAUGAGAAAGAGCAGAGUUUAAUGUUUCCAUCUUUGCAGGUGUUCACCCAGGACCAAGACUCAGAGAAGAAUGCCAUCGUAAGUUACCAGAUCCUAUCUGACAUCUACAACAGCACCGACUACUUCCUCAUUGACAGCACCAGUGGGCUAAUCUUCACCGCACGCCUGCUCGACUACGAGCUCACCCAGCGCUACAACUUCAUUGUCAGAGCGACAGACAGUGGCGACCCGGCCCUCAGCAGUGAUGUCAGUGUCACCGUUUUUGUCACCGACAUGAACGACAACCCACCCAAUUUCAGCCAAACGCUGUACGAGGCCUUUGUCAGCGAGUUGGCUCCCAGAGGACACUUUGUGACUUGUGUUCAGGCGUUAGAUGCUGACAUCUGUGAUGCUCAAAGGCUGAGGUGAGAUGAAAGAAAGUUUUGUACAUGCUGCCUCUUCUCUGGUUCCCAGUUGAACCCCGGUGAAUCUUUUGUGUAAACUUUGAGUUCAUUGUGUGUAGCAAAGCACUUUUUUGUCAGAAUAGAAAGUUAAUCUCUCUUUUUGUUCUAGUGAUUCAAACAUAUACUUGAAUACUUGUUCUUGCUGCAGUUUUUAUAAUCCAAUAACUUUAUCAACAUCUUUUUUUUUGCUCUCAGGUACAGUCUUGUCUCUGGAAAUGACAGAAUGACUUUUCUAUUGGAGCCAGAUACAGGGGUACUCAGCUUGUCUAACAAGAGGAGACAAGGCAUGAAACUCUCGUAUCAGCUCAAUGUGUCCGUGUCAGAUGGAGUCUUCACCAACACUGCUCAGGUGAGACAAUUUCCUGGCGGUUAUAAUUUACUUCUGUCAACUGAUUUGCUCUUUUGUAACCUUUGCUGUGUUUACGCGCUUCAAGCCGACUGACCUUCUUUAGCAACCCUGCGCUUCAAAUUUGUUACAGACAUUUGAAGCUGUCCAGUACAGUAUGCCAGCCGGUUUCUAAUGUGUGUUCACAUCAAAUCAGAUUUAUGAUAAGGGAGAGCUGCCAACUAGAAAAAAAAUUGUUGAUAUCUGUCUCAUACUGAUAAUUAUGAGUGGGACGCUAAUAUCCUUCAUCUCUGGAAAUGCACAUCAUAAAGUAUGUUGUUUUUUCCUGACAAGAUGUUAACGCAAUGCUUUAAAGGGAUAUUGCGGUGUAAAAUUAAUUUAGGGUCAAACACACCGUAACACCGAGUUAGACACCCCCUCGAGAGAUGAAUGUUGCUGACUGCUUGCUUCUUUAGUUAUACCAACUUUAGUGGCAACUCCAGUAGCGAUACUGUGGAGUCACACACAAACCUCAACCAAAACACAACUCUAUAGCCACAAAUAAUGCUCAGAACAGCACCUAACUUCAUCAACAGUACAUAUAGGGUCCCAGCCACAUUACUAUCCACUAAACAUCUUUCUAACUUUGCCUAAUUUCUUUAGCAAAGAGACUAAAUACAACUCACCUACUCUCUUCCAGCAGCUGCUUGUUUGUAGCAAGACUUCAGGCUAGUUCAUUACACACUGUUUCGGGGUGACGCAGCUCAAGGAAGAACAUUUAUCUUUAUUUUUUCAUGGAAUGCAAUCAGACCGAGACGCUAAGGCAGAAGAACUACCGCGUCUGCAGUGCAAAAUGAUUAAUAUGGUGAUUAUUACGUCAAGGAAAUGAUAAAGUAAUAAUCAUAAAUGUUCUUCCUUGAGCUGUGUCACCAGUCCAUAAUGGACUGAGAGUAAGAGAGUAGGUGAGUUCAAUUUAGUCUCUUUGCUAAAGAAAUCAAGCAAAGUUAAAAAGAUGUUCGGUGGCUAGUGCUAUGGCUACGACCCUAUAUGUACUGUUGAUGAAGUUAGGUGCUGUUCUGAGCAUUAUUUGUGGCUAUAGAGUGGCUUUUUGGUUCAGGUUUGUGUUUGGCUCCUCAGUAUUGCUAUCCUGCAGUUUUUACUAAAGUUGGUAUAACUAGAGAAGCAAGCAGUUGGCAACAUUCAUCUCCGGAGGGGGUGUCUAACACGCUGUUAAAGUGUGUUUGACCUUAAAUUAAUUGUACGCCGCAAUAUCCCUUUAAGCUGUGUCAAUCACCAUUUUGUCACUUGCCUGAUGCGUUCACUGCUGUUCUGCAUGCCCUACUGAUGUGAUCAUGUUUGACAAAUCAGCCUCAGAUGAUAAUUACAAUAGCAUCAAGAAAAUGUCAGCAGGCAUGAAGAUGAUGACGGCAUGAAGAUUAUAAUGAUGAUGGUUGUAAUCCCCAGGUGAUUGUACGUGUGCUGGGAGCUAACCUGUACAGCCCGGUGUUCAGCCAGAGGUUCUACCUCGCUGAGGUUAAGGAAAACGCCCCUCCAGGGUCAAAGGUCAUUCAAGUAAGUUUGCUUUGUACAUAAAAAAAUAAAACCAAAGUAGCCCUACAGCAAAACAGCUUAUCAAGUCUGUGUGAAGCAGGCAUCGAUCUGCUGUUAUAGAAAGUUCAAAGCCUUCAGUGUUGUUAAGUGUACUCUCCCUGUCCCUCCUCUUCUCUGCCAGUCUGACAAAAACAGGGCUGCAAGAUCUGUAUAUGUGUACAGAGCUAACAGCCAUGUUUUUAUACCCAUUUACAGCAAUAGCAAACUACCUUAAAAUUAAAUGCACUUUAAUAUAUAUUCGGUACCAAAAAAGUAAGCAGAGUCUCAAAAAACCCAUGGGACAAAUAUAUCAGUACGCAAAAAGAUUUUUAACUCUGUUACAGUUUGACCAAUUUCCCAUGUGUUUACAUCAAGAAGGCUUUAAGACCAAUAUUGUAGCCAAUCAGUAGAGAGAACUCUGACUGUUUUUGGCUUCACUUUUAGGGGGCUGUCAUGCCAGUCAUCUUUUUAGCCCUUAUUCAGUUAUGUUUAUAUCGAGCCUGAACUUUAGUAAUCUUUUAGUAAUCAACAUGUUUUUUUCUUUUGUAUGUGUGUUUUUCUUUUUUCUUUCUUUUUUUCUCAUUCAGGUUCGUGCAACAGAUGAGGACUCUGGGCUGUUUGGCCAGAUCACAUACUCCUUCAUCAAUGAUCUGGGGAAAACUCAGUUCAGCAUUGAUGCGGAUGGGGUCAUAUCCACUCUGCAGAAAUUAGACAGAGAGGAUCCUGUAAACAAGGAUAUGGUGCUGACUGUGAUGGCCUUGGAUGGUGGAGGUAUUCAUUUUAAAACUGACCACAUGAGUUGAAAACUUAUUACCUUAUAAACUUCCCAUUUACAAAUCAGCCAGUAAAGACGUACGCCACUCUCUAAAUAUGAGCAGACCAUUUUGCUGACAGUAAAAAUAAUAAUAAAGAUCAGGGAAGUGCUGUUAGUUUGUUUCCAGAUGAAGAAUAAUGUAGUAUGUCCAUUAAAUAUGUACCGUACUAGUAUUCUUGACUCAGAAUGUGUUCAGGUAAAAGCAGCAGUAAGUUAAGGCAGCUCAGUAUCUCAAUCUAAAUACGUGUCAUACAUAUUCACAUGAAUGUUCCAUGUUUCCAGGUCGUGCAUCUUUUUGCACGGUGCGAGUGGUGCUUGCUGAUGAGAAUGACAACGCCCCUCGGUUCAGAGCUGUGGAGUACCGCAUGAGCAUCAAAGCAAAUGUUGCCAAAGGUUCCCUGGUCACACAGAUCCAAGCCACUGACCCUGACGCCGGGUCUAAUGGGAGGAUCACCUACUCCCUUUACAGUGAGGCUCGCCUGUCACUGGUUGAUGUGCUAGAGGUCAGUACGUUCUGCUCUGUAACUUUCUGCUUCAGACUGCUGCACUUUCCUGCUGCACCAUACAGCUGCAUGCUCAGUAUGACUUACACAGCUGCACAAAUCUUCUCAGUUCCCCAAGGAAGGAUGCUAAAAUCUUACCAGAUCUAACCUCAACACAUUUAUUUAAUGAAAGUGGAGCAUAUUAAAGCUCAUUAUAUAUGCUAGAGCCUGAUUAUCAAUUAAGGGAUAUUCUCAACUGAUGCCCCUCUUCCCAUAUCUGUGGAUUAGCAGCCAUCUGUUAUCUGUAGUAAUGGUUUUUUCCUCAUCAGAUUGAAAUUAUUUUAAAUUAAGAUUGAUUUUUGGGUCAGUUUUUGCUGUUCACAUUAGAUGUUUAAUUAUGUACCGCACAAAUGAAAGUUUUGACUUUAAAUGAGAGCUCAAACUCUGUAAAAUAUCGUAUUAAUAAACCAUUAAUUAGUAAUUUAGGAUGAAAAAAAAGUUGUUCUGUUAAAUAUUAACAGGUACAUAGAGAACUCGAGAUAGUAUUAACCUUCCUCAUUUUUUUUUUUAAAUGCAAGGACAAAAAAGAAAUAAAAUCCAGUUUUAAUCAAGGCAAAGGCCAACAAGAGUAAUUAAGAGGCUAAAUCAAUCAGAGCUGCUAACUCAACUAAGCGCAGACUCCAGUUUAAAGAUAUAUGGGCAGUUAGCAGAAUGAUUGUCUCUGACUUUGAUUUUAUGACUUUUUUAACUUUACUGGUGUUCAGGUGGAACCAGACAGCGGUUGGAUGAUGACUAAAAGCACAGUGGAUCACCUCCAGGGGACUGUGCUGUCCUUCUUUGUCAAAGCAACAGAUUGCGGUUCUCCAGCCAAACACUCUCUGGUGUCGGCCUUCAUCCACGUCGUCCCACCAGAUGCAUACGUGCCCUCCUUCAGCCAGCCUCAGUACUCUUUCACCAUCCCCGAGGACACAACAGUUGGAACAGCCCUCGGGUCUGUGUACAUGGGCCCCGGGCAGACUGGCUUCUUUACCACAGUUGCAGGAGAGACUGCCGACAGCAACCAGGGAGGGACCUUCCUGGUGGAGAGGGAUUCGGGUCUGAUCCGUCUGAUCAAACCUCUGGACUAUGAAGAAGUCAGCAUCUUCCGCUUUAAGGUUGCUGCAACAACAAGAAGAGACCUGAUCGAAUCUGUCUCUACUGUAGACGUGGAGGUUAAGGUCAGUAAAAUAAACUAAAAAUAAGUCUGAUUUAAAUUGACUUUUAGCUUCAUUUUCAGCUUGUAAAAGUAUAUAAGUAAUGUUCUUUUAUUACCGUUAUAUAUAAAAAAGAUUAUUAGCUGGUUUAGCAAUUAAAAAAGUUAGGAAACAUAUUUCUAAAAUGUGAAAGCAAGUAACAUCUUAGAGUUAAUGUUCAGUGACUGAAACAAAAAAGAAAAAAGUUAAAUUGCAUCACAUUUCUUUGCAUUAGUAAUAAUGAUAUCUGAUUGUAUUUUAAAUAUCUGCAGCAAUAUCAAAUGAAUUUAACUUUUUUUUUCUUUUUUGUUUCAGUCAAUGAACAUUAACUCUAAGAUGUUACAUGCUUUCACAUUUUACAAAUAUGUUUUCUGUUUUUUUCAUUUGCUAAACCUGCUGAUAAUCGCAGAGUUUGAAGGACAGUGCUUUUUUUUACACGCUGAAAAUAGCGUUAAAAAUCAAUUUAAAUCAAAAGGAAAUCAUAUUUCUAAAUAUGUGAAAGCAAGUAACAUUCAAAAGUUAUUGUCAGUGACUGAAACAAAAAAGAAAAAAAAUUAAAUUUUGUUGAUGUUGCUGCAGAUAUUUGAAAUACAAUCAGACAUCAUUCUUAACUAAUGCAAUUUAAAUGUGCGUUUUUUCUUGCAUUAUCUUUUUGACUCCCACAGACUGAUGUUACACCCCACCAUAACACAGCUUUAUAUGCAAACAGCAAUCCACAAAUUGUCCUAAGCCCAUCACAGACGAUACCUUUAAAAGUCAAAAUCCAUGAGCUUCAACCAAAGAGAAAAAUCAAUAAAUAAAUCCCAACUAAGGAAAAAACUAGAACAAAAACAAAAAGAAAAUCUUUGACUCAGAGACAGUGAAACAAGAGUCCCCCCCUACUCCUUUUUCUCUUUAAUGUCAACACUGGAGCUUUUGAGCAUGGUUCCAUUACCAGGUGCAUUGAACUGAACCACCACAUCAUCUUGCAGGUCCACGAACAAAAGAAGGUGAAAAAGGACCAACAGUACAGUGUGAAGAUAAAGCUGAAUAUGUGAUUUACGGAGGAAUUCUCCUUUUUCUUCAGAUCCUGGAUGUGAAUGACAACAAACCAGUGUUUGAGACGAACACCUAUGUAGCCACAGUGAUGGAGGGGAUGCCGGUGGGGACAAGGGUGGUCCAAGUCCGUGCGCUUGAUCCAGACUGGGGCUCUAAUGGACAAGUGCGUGACAUCUAAUUUAGCUCUAUAUCAUGCUCUUUGUGAAACUCUGAGCUUUAAGUUUGUUACAAAGGCUUUUUUUUUUCUUCUUUUUUUUUCUGCAGGUCGCCUAUAACCUUGGGCCUCUACUCACCUAUAACCUGGAUUUGACCAAAAAUGCUCAGUCCCUCACCCCUAGCGGCCCCAUAACUACGGGCUCUUUCUUCGCCAUAGACAGUAAAACAGGCUGGGUCACCACAGUGAGCCAGAUGGACCACGAGUCCUGCUCCAGCUACAGCUUUGAAGUCGUCGCCUCUGAUCUGGGGGAGUCACAGUCUCUCUCUUCCACUACUGUGGUGACUAUCACUGUGUCAGAUGUUAACGACAACCCACCUCGCUUUGAGAGGGAUCUGUACCGAGGGGCCGUGAAGGAGAGCGACCCCCUGGGCGAAGUGGUGGCUGUGCUGAAAACCAAAGAUCAAGAUGGCACCGAUCAAAACCGCCUCAUCAGUUUUUUCAUCACCGGUGAGGAGCGAAAACAAAGUGCUGACAUAAUGUAGUUGAACAGAUUCUGAGCAGCAGCAAUUGUCCCUCGUGCAAUGCAGUGAGAGUUGCAUAACAAUUAUUCAUUAAGCCUAAUGGGGGUGCCAUUAUCAAAGGUCAUAUUUUAAAUGAGUUUGAACUCAAAUGUCAAACGCAACUUACCUUUUAUUUUUCGUAUUAACUUUUCUUUUUUCUCCACGUCUUGAGGCAUACAUUACACAACUUAGUUAGGAAGUCAGACCCUGCAUAUUAACAUUUCUGAUUCGGAAAAGGAUACAGCAUGAAUGAGAGAAGAUGAGCAACACUCAGUAAUUUAUAUCCUAUCAUUCUCAGUCGACGCAGUCACCCUGGAACGUCUUGACUUUCACAGACCGGCACGUGACUUUGUGUUGUCGUUCCUUUUUUAUGGGCGUCAUAAAAAAUCUUUGUGAGGACUCUUCAGCGGAACUCUCACCUUCACACUCAGCCCAAUGCUUUUAAUUCGUAUAACACUGUCUGAUAAUCACUCAGGAUGAUAUAUUUUGGCCUCAUGUUCUGGCAUUUAAAGAUACUGAUCGGCCUAAUGGAAGCGCUGUAAUAAAAGGUCAGAUUUUUAAACUUUGAAAGGCCAUUGCUUCUGCACAUCAACGAGGUUUGCUAUGUUGAUAGAUGUGUAUUGAUUGUGCCAAAGGGUACCUGCAUCCUGUGUGAAUGCGUGUGUGUUUGUAUGUGUAAUUCAUAUUCAUUGUUUAACUGAAUAACAAAUGCAGCUUAUUCUCAUGCCUGUUUUAAUGCAUCCUCACUAAACUCACCGCUGUGUUGUGUCAGGGUUUCAAUCCUCUCUUGUGUGAUCUGCAGGGGGAAAUCCACGGGGCGUGUUCGGCCUGGCCCUUGUGCAGGGGGAGUGGAAGGUUUACGUAAGUGGUCUGCUGGAUCGUGAGCAACAGGAUUGGUAUUUGCUCAACAUCACAGCCAGUGAUGGCCUGUAUGUGGCUCGCGCGGCAGUGGAGGUUACCGUCAUGGAUGCCAACGACAACAGUCCCAUUUGCAACCAGGUCAGGGAUAUGGGUGAAUGGAAGUGGAUGAAAUGAAAACAUGCAAAGCAAACAAGCAGGGAGCAGGUUGAAACCACAGACUGUAUAUCUUCUACAAAUACACAGAGAGAAACUCCCAGAAUGUUUUGGGGAAAAUUAAUCUUCUGUUUGUCUCAAGGCGAGGCACAUGUGAACAAAUGUUGAUCUUUUUAAAUUACACUCACAGACGACGUGGUCUGAAUGCAUUUUUUUAUGUAACAGAGUAUAUAUAUAUGAACUACACAUGUAACCACACUUAAGAAUGGUCACAAUGUCCAGAGAAAUAUGACAUAUUCGUGACACUGAAGGUAAUUGACUGCAGAGAGAGGAAGUAUAUUUAAAUGUAAUUCUGAGUUAUCUUAGCUGUUUUAAUAACUUAUAAUAUUCCUACAUUUGUAGGGAUGAAUGAACUAUUUAUAUAUCUAUAAUUGGCUUUUUAAUAAUCUAUUAUAUAUUCACGUUUUAAGUAUUGUUGUCGUCCAGCUUCACAAUACCUGAUAACAACAUGCAGUAUUACGUUGAAAAGAACUAUAACUGAGGUUCAAACGCCCACAAUAAUGAACCUCCCUUUAGGUAAUUUAAAAAAUGGUUAAGCUCAAAAUAUGUGUCUAUAUGUGUAACAUGGAAAAUGUCAACAUAAGUAUAAAUGCUAAUCGAAAUAUUGAUUCUUUGUUUUAUAGUGCCGUAAUCUUAGCAGGAAUUCUAACAAAAUUGAUUUUCUCCAUAUAUCAGGGAAUGUGUUGUGAUCUUUGAAUACACUGAAUUUGCAUACUGCUUUAAUAUCGUAUACGGUGUGAUAGUGUUGAGUCCAGAGAAACUGGUGAUCCAUGGAAACUAUACAAUCGACGACGUUUAAACAAACAAAUGGAAUGAAACAUUUAUAAACUUGAGCUCAGUGUGACAAAUCCUAUCUCAUUACUCAAACACUAUUCCUAACAUUAGUGUUCCUGCUGGGGCAAAGGCUGAUCUAUGACAGGAAAUCACUGUGAAAAGCAAAGAUAAAUGGGCUGUGCAGUCUUCUGGGAACAGCCAUUUUCAUUUACUCCUAUUCUGCAGUUCUUCAAUUUCAUAUAAUUAGUGGAGAAACUUUCACUCUCCUUCUAGACUCAUACCCUCUUUGAAAUCAAUUCUCGUUUUUUCUUUAUUUCUGUUCUUAUGUGUGUUCUCAUACAAGCCGGGGCUGUGAUAUCUCUUAUAACAUCCUUGUAGCAUUAUAUGCAUUCAAGACAAAAUACUGCAGAUGAGAAAUAAAGCAGUGAGCUUUGGUACAAUGCAUGAAAUGUUAAUUUAAGUGAUCAGUAUUUAGCAGUAUUCCACUACAGUAACAACAAAUUAACUAAAGGUACAGACAAGUAGAUACAAAAUAUUGAUUAAAAAAUAAUCUUAUUUAUUUCAAAGAAAAAAAAAAUGCCACACUAACUUUUUCCACAGUGUUUUCAAGUUUAUAAUCCUAACAGACUCUAAUUUAUUUGCCUUGAUGUCAACAUAGAAGCGGUGCAUUAUGUCACUGCCCUUCUUGCAACUGGAUUUAAUAGGAAAUGUGUGUGACUAGGUUCUCACCGGAGUAACUUAGACUAAAGUACAACUAUAUGAAGAGCUGGUAUUUAAAGAGUAGUAAAGUAAAGAAAGUAUUUGCAUAAGUGCAACCCUAGUGCGAGACAGAUCUGGUUGAUUAGUUUUAGGCUGUAUUGUUCAUAAUUUCAGGGCUAAAUGCUAAUUAUCAAGUUUGGAUAACAAUAGGAAUUGAGCACACAAUCAUGUUAAUUACAGAUUAAUCCUUUUUCUUUUGAUUGAUCAAAUAAUUUGUGAAAUUAUUUAAUUCAUCAAAAACUGGGAUGAUUGUAAUAGCUUGUAAUAGGCAGAAGUAAAAAAGAGAAUACACUCAGUCUUGAUCAGCUUGAGACAGAUAUUCUUUUUUCUUUUUCUAAUAUUUAAGCUCUAGGAAUCGUGUUAUAAGUUUACAAGCCAGGGUAAGUCUUUGGUUUAGAGCCAAAGCGGCAUGUUAAAUAAUAUGUGGGCAUACUCAGUCAUUUUUUUCCCCUCUCUUUCUUAGUCCGUGUUCAAUGAUACAGUAAGGUCCCAUAGUUCAUUUCUAUAGUCAGUCUUGCAGGAAUGUAAGAAGGACAAAAAAGGCACUCAGUUUGAUCUAUCAGGAGAAAACAAAGGGGUGAAUGGAAGGCUCAGUAGUUUCUUGACUUUUUGAAUGAGCAGGAGAGGUUUUUGUUUUCUGGAUGCGUGGAUUCACUUCGUUCUCUUCUGUGUGUGUGUGUGUCAGGCGGUGUACAGCGCCUCUUUUCCUGAGGACAUUCCCACUAACAAGGGCAUCCUGACUGUGGGUGCAACAGAUGCUGACUCAGGCUCCAGCGCUGAAAUCCAAUAUUCCCUGUUUGGGAUUGGGGUCGAAGAUUUCUAUAUGGAUGCAAAUACUGGUACAUUCAUUUUUUUUCCCUCCCUUGUCGUUUUGUGCGAUCAAACCAUAAAUACACUCCCCAGAAUGAACAACUUCUACAGCUUUAUCACCCUCUCAAUUGUGUUUCAAGGUGAGCUGCGCACAGCUACGGCCAUGGACCGAGAAAUGACACCCACCUACAAACUAAUUGCCCAGGCAACUGAUGGAGGAGGGUUGUUCUGCCGCUCUGACAUUUCUCUCAAAGUGUUGGAUGUGAAUGAUAAUGCCCCCACUUUCUCCUCACCUUAUUACCUAGCUAGUGUGUUUGAAAAUGCUGCCCCCAAGGCUUUGCUUACCCGGCUGCAGGCCAGUGACCCUGAUGAAGGUAAAGUAGUAAGAUGUUAUACUCCUUCAUGUUGUAAGUCUCAUAUUUCAAGCAUGGGUGACACUCAGUGCAGGUUUGACCCAUGUUUGUGAAUUUCAAAGCGUCCUUCAACAAAAUAAAAAGAAACCUACAAACAGAAAUGGGAACAUUUUGGUCGUAGUUUGGAGAAUGAGAGUCUAUAAAUGUGUCCUCUAUUAUCUCAGGUCUGAACCGUACCGUGGUCUAUUCUCUGGUGGAUUCAGCUGGUGGGAUGUUCUCCAUCAACCCAGUGUCUGGGAUGGUAACUCUCGAAAGAUCUCUGGAUAGAGAGAGUCAAGACUCCUACCGUGUUCGAAUCCAAGCCACAGAUCAAGCUGGGCAACAGGGGGCGCUGUCCUCACAGGUUGGUUUGAGUGACACCAGAAGCCAUUGCACUUUUGUUAUGCUCAUUUUUCUUGGAAACUCUAACAUUGUGAUACAUAAAUAGAUGUAAUAUUAUUAAAAAACACAGUGUUCACAGUUUGUUAUGAGGUGAUACAGCUGUGGUUAAAUCGCACAAACAAAAUUAAGUUAUUUCUGAGCUUUCAAGAUUAAUUAUUUAGAGAAACGUUGAGCAGAUUUACUCACAUAAUUUAACCUUUUCACAGGAAUAUCAGAGUUCAUAAACCACAUAUUUAGUUCUAGAAUACUCUCUCACGGAUUAACUGACUUGUAUGUCAUCUGUAUUUCUGUCCAUACUCUGGAUAAGGGAAACCAAUGAAUAGCAACAUGAUGUUUACUAAAAAGAUCAGAUAAAGAGCCUGAUAGAUUUAAUCAGACUAAGUCUUCAUUGAAUUAUGCAGAGGAUAGGCUGGGAAUGACAGGGAAGGUGAUAGUUUGGAGACAGGAGGAGCAGGAAAAUGCGAGAAAACACCACGAGACAAGUUGAGAAAGUGUUGAUUGUUUCAAACCCACGGGGUCUUCUCCAUAUCAGGUUCUUUUGAGUCUGUUAAAAACCAUGAGCACAAAUUGAAAACAAGCCCCAGGCAAAAGUGAGGUCAGGAGUGGCAAUGUUGAACGCUUGAGUUUUGGGUUGUGUUUAGAGGUUGCUGACCAUGGUGCUGAAUCUUAAAUUUAUGACUCGUAGCAGUAAUACAGAUUGCAGCUAUUGCUAUGCAGUUUCUUUGACCAGAGCUAUACGAACUAUUGGGAAAGUGUGCUCGAAUAAUUUAGAUAAAUAUGCAUAAAUCUCGCAGCAUCUUAAACUUCCUCUCCCCCCUGAAAUCUCUGGUAUCCAGCUUGGGGGGCCUUGACCCUAGGUUGAAAACCACUGCAUUAACCAACGCCUGAAAUACAAUAAAUUUAAAGUUUUGUUUUUUUUGUUUGUCACAAAUCUCCAGAAAGUCAAACUCCAAACUGGCACACUAAAACAAAUACUGAAGGAACACACUAGUAGCAUCUGAAAUAAGCUAACAAAGUAGACUGUUUGCUUUUCGACUGUAUUUCAAACAAAGUAAACGAACACUACAAUCAAAGGGGAAGUGUCCCUUUCAGAUCUACUGAGCAAAAACAGCAUUUGUCUGACUCAGUAAUGCAACAAAUGUGCAACAUUUAUCCAGCAGUCAGGAAGGUCUCUCAUGGGCUUUUUCGGACACAGACUUCAAUUGAUUUUUGCCUCAGUCCUAUUUCUUGUUAGUAAAGCCUUUAGUAUCUCUGCUCUUAUUGAUGUAUGUGUGCCCACUGUCCGUGGUGCUGAAAAAGGAAUACUCAGGGCCAGCAGCAUCACUAAUGAAUUGAGAGGUUUCUUUUUUUAACCAUCUUUUUUUUUUAUUUCCCACAGGUGGAUUUGACCAUUCUGGUGCUGGAUGUGAAUGACAAUGCUCCUGUCUUCCAAAGGAGGGACUACAGUGUUACCGUCCCUGAGGAUGUGGCUGUGGGAACAGAGGUGCUGCGAGUGUUGGCAACGAGUGCUGAUAUUGGCCCUAAUGCUGAGAUCACCUACAACAUCCGGUCCGGCAAUGAGUUAGGGAAGUUUUCUAUAGACAUAAAUUUAGGUGAGUUAAAAUCCAUGUAAAUAAGCACUCCGUUUUAAGAAUAAAUGUGAUAUCAAGACAUAUGUCAAUAAUCUUAAAAUGAAUAUACUAUGUGUAUGCUGUAGGGUCUAUUUCUGUGGCUGAUGAUUUGGACUUUGAAGUGUGUAAAGACUACUACCUCACUGUUGAAGCCUGGGAUAAUGGAGACCCUCCUCUUAGCACUGCUACUAUGGUUACCAUCGAACUUAUGGACGUCAACGACAACGCUCCAGCCUUCAAUCAGGACAUCUACAACGUUCUGAUCAGCGAGGAUGCGUCUGUUGGACAGUCGAUUACAAGGGUAUCGUUUGUGUUGUUGAGUUUGUUUGUUUUUUUCAUCUCGAAAAAUGUAAUAUUUUGUACAGCUGUUCAAAUAUAAUAAGGAUAAUCCAUAUUACUUUUUUAACGUCCAUUUUUCUAAUAAUGCUUCAUGAAUUCUUGUAUGACUCUUGCGUUAUUGUUUGCACAACUUCUGGAAACUUACUGUAAGUUACGUUGUUCUAGUUGUAUCUGUAUUCUGCUCAAACUUUGGCAAAGCUAUUUGUACAGAAACUUUUUGUAAGAAAGGUAUAGCUUCUAAUCAAUAUUAAAUGUAACCUAGGUCUUUGUAUUUUUAAAUGAAAUCCUCAACUACAAUUCACCUCGUCUUGAUUGAUUUCCUCUCCAUCUACUGUCUAUUCUUACCAUCCUUCAUGUGUUUUUCACUGUAUUUCUGUGUUUUUCAGGUAUUGGCAGAAGACUUGGACAGUCAGGUGAACGGGCGAAUCACUUACUCUAUCCUAAAGGGUGACCGUAGCAACCACUUCUGGAUUGACCCCGUGACAGGGGUGCUCAAAGUCAAUAAGCGGCUCGACAGAGAACUAGUAAGGAUGCAUCUUAAAGUACAAUAUCUUAUACACAAUCAAUAGUAAUUUUCUGGUUCAUGAGCGCAGCCAAGACAGAAAAUACCCUCCCAGCUCAAGGUCAACACUCAAUGAAGUCUCACAAUAUGCAAACACAACAGAGCCCACUGUAUGCAUGAUACAUACAAAUGAUACGACACCUUUGUCUCCCUGCUGCAUUUAGGUAUCCAGGUACUCUCUGACAGUGCAGGCGUUCGACAGUGGCUCUCCAGCCAUGUCCUCCACUGUCACCCUUAACAUUGACGUCUCAGAUGUGAACGACAACCCCCCUGUCUUCACCCCUCCUAACUCCACAGCCAUCAUACAGGUAACAGCUUGUGUGUUUUUGCUUUUGUUAGCAUGUUUUUUUUUUAUCCUUGCGUCAUCUUAACUUCUCUUUCUCCUUACUUCCAGCUAAACCAAGCUGCCGAUAUCACCCUGCUGAAGCUGUCAGUCAGCGACAAAGACUCUCCCAGAAACGGCCCACCCUUUGAGUUUCGCAUCGUGUCAGGAAAUGAGGGAAAUUUCUUCUCCCUGGACCCCACUGGAACUGUGAAGUCCAACCGGGGCUUUGGUCCUGAUGCCCCAAGAGAGUUCACUCUUGAAAUCCAGGUUCUUCAAACACUAUAUAUUCAAGAAACAUCGCAUUGUGUUAGCUUGGUUAGACACAGUCAGCAUAAGUGGCUGCACAUUUUUCAUGCAGUUUCUCCCUCUUAGCAGCUCAGUCAGGCCAUUAGAGUCUUGGGUUUUAAAAUGUAGCCACACUUAUACACAUUUCUGUAAUGGAGGAGCUGUUAACAAAACUACUUAAUUCAGUUCCAGCUUUAUGGCGGUCCAUAUUUCUUGUCAGUAGAAGUUAGAGGAAAUUAAGGUAAACACAAUCUUAACAUGUCACCUUCUUAUAGACAUCUCUAUGAAUUAAUCCUGAAAGACCCACCCCAGUAGCAGUUGACGCAUGUUUCUGUGAUUUUUCAGAAAGUUUUUUAGUGUAAUAUUGUGACUUUGUUUUGGGCUUUCAGGCAAGUGAUUCUGGGAAACCAAGCCUCAGCUCUUCUUCCUGGAUAUUUCUGAGGGUCAUCGGGAACAGUCAGUAUAAACCUGUCGUCUCCCCCCAAGAAAUUUUUGUUGUGAUGGUAACCGAUACCUUCUCCGGUGGCCCGAUUGGUCGGAUCUACGCAACCGACCGUGACCCGAAUGACGUGCUGUCGUUCACCCAGAAGCCUCAGCCCAAGAGCAUGUUUAAGAUAAACAGACAAGAUGGCACUAUCGUGGCUCUGCCAGGCCUUGAACCUGGCAGGUACACACUUCAACACACAAACACACUCUCCAGUGUUCACACAGAAUCCAAGACCUGAUUUUAAUACAUUUCUCUGUUCUCUUUUAGGUACCAGAUGAAUGCCACAGUGAGUGAUGGACGUUUUGCUGUGAUAGCCGAUGUCUCAGUCCAGGUGGAGCAAGUAACAGACGUGCUGUUGCGUAGUGCUCUGAACUUACGCUUCAGCUCUCUGUCCCCAGAAGAUUUGCUCAGUCGCUACUUAAACCAAAUUAAACUUUUGUUACGAGGGCUAGCAGGUUGGAAAUGGUCACCAGGACAACAGGACCCUCUUCAUAUUCUCAGUGUACAGCCAGUGACAGGGACAUCAGGGGUGGAUUUGCUUCUGGCCAUGGAGAGGCCGGAGACAUCCGGGAGCAGACGCAUGGGUGGCUUCUAUUCCCGAAAAGAGUUGUCUGCAAAACUGGAGGAAGCGGGAGAUCGAGGUCAGAUCCGAGGCAUCUUAGCCGGGGCGGCGGUGGUGAGCAAUGUUUGUUCUGGGCAGCUGGAUUGUGGGGAGAAAGUGUGUGAGCAGACUCUGGUUAUGGAGAGCAGCUCACAGGCGGCUUACAGCACAGAGAGGAUCAGCACGGUGGUACCAACGUUCAGCCGCACAGAGACCUGCACCUGCCCCGGUGAGUACUCACAAUCUAAGACCAGAUCACAGAAAAGUACUGAACUAUUAACCAAAGAUGCACACAAAAAGUACACACAGUAAAGUAUUUCAUAUGAACACUGGUUAUUUAACAUAUUGAUGGUAUUUUUCUCUGUAUCUACCCAAACAGGAGGGAUAUGCCCAGCUCCUGUGGAGCUUUGUGAGGGUCAGACCUGUCCAGCAGACAUGCAGUGUGUCCGUUCUGGUCCAACAGCGCCAUCUGUCUGCCAGUGUAAGAUAGAGAAGCUGGAUGAUUGUGCAGGUAUGGUAUUUAUGUUGGUUUUGUUGGGUGUUUUUUUUUACACUUUUUAAAAACAAAAUUAACUCUAAAAAUCAUUUUCUUCAAGUUAUUUGUCUGUUUUGUUGAUGUGUAGGACAGACCUCUCUGAGUUUCUCAGGGAACAGUUAUAUCAAAUACAGAGUGACAGAGAGCGGCCAGAGUGGAGAGAUGAAGCUCGGUCUGAGGAUCAGGACACUUCAGAGAAGAGGAGUCAUCAUGUUCACACGUGUCAACCCCUGUACCAUGCUCAAAGUACAAACAUUUAAGUUACACUUUAUUAUUUUUAGUGCAUGAGCUGCUGGUUUUUCUUUUAAAGGAAGAAUUUGCUCCUUUUCAGAUUGAAAAUGGUCGACUCUGGUUCCAACUGGACUGCGACAACACCCUCGGCAUUAUGGGUAUCUCUGGUAGACCGAUAAAUGAUGGCCUCUGGCAUGCAGUUGCCUUGGAGCUGACUAGGAACUACACCCUCCUGUCACUGGAUGACAGCUAUGUGGAGCGCCGCCGAGCUGCUAGAGCCCCUGUUCGUCUAUGGCCUCUGGCGCCAGAUUCAUCCUUUUUCUUCGGAGCCCAAGUGAGGCCUCUUAGCGGGCAAAUUGAGAGGCCAAGCCUGGGGCCAGGGCGGAAUCAAGGCGUGACAGCACUGGGGGAUCGUGGAAUGAGGGGCCCACCAAGAGCCCAGGAUGGUUUCCAGGGCUGCCUGGGCUCACUGAUGCUGAACGGCAAUGAGCUGCCACUUCAGAAUAAGAGGAGCCGAUAUGCUGAGAUAGCUGGGCUGAAUGAGGUCAAGCUGGGCUGCGUGCUCUUUCCAGAUCCGUGUGUCAGUCAGCCCUGUCUCAAUGGAGCCAUCUGCAGCAGUAUUCCCUCUGGAGGUCUGUUUGGAUAACAGUGUGAAUGUGCGCGGUUGUUGGUCAUUUUGAUGGUCAUAACUAACACUUCCACAUGAAACCACAUCACUCAGUUUUAACAGCUUGAGUGUCAUUAUGAGUCUAUGCCUCAGCAAUGUGAUUGUGAUUUUUUCAUUAGUCACUCUUCUCCUGUUACUGCCCCUUUGUGUCGUCCUUGAAGAAUAUGAUGUUGCAUGUAAUUGUUGGCCUUAUUUUAUCUCACUUUUUCUUCAAAAAGAGUCUACUGUCAUUUUAAAUUUUAAUAAUCAUACAUGUUUUUUUAUCUCUCUCUGCCAGGCUUCCUCUGCAGUUGCAACGCUGGCUUCACUGGGGGGCGCUGUGACAUUGAAUUGACAUCCUGCAUGCCAAACCCCUGCCAGAACGGAGGGGACUGUAAGCCUGUAGGCAGUGCUUUCCUGUGUGGCUGUCCAAGAGGACUCGGGGGACUUGUGUAAGGAAAAAAUUACCACAGCAUGCACGAACACACUCUUUAAAGCUUUAAUUACUGAUUGUAGAGCAGUGUUGAUGAAUAGCGCGCCCUGUUAACACAGUGCGCGCACAAUAACAGCCACGCAAGCGAUGAUUCAGACGCUGUAACAUCUGCCUCCCAGCUCUCAUACACAAUAACCAUGUGGGAACAUGUUCGAAGAAGAAGACACACAUGCAUUCAUUAGCCCACAUUAGCACCUCAGCAGCCAAUGCGUUGUUUUGGUUGUUAUUGAGAGAGAUAAAUUAGUGUUCAAAAUUGAAUUCGGUAUAAUUUCGGUUGAAAAGCCUAUAAUCAUUCUCCCUGCUUCCUUCUUAAUUACAGUUUAGUAAUUGCCUUUGAAAUAACCUCUCUGCUCCUGCUGUUGUUGUUUCAUGGACCUACCACUAGAGAGCAGUUUUUCCUCACAUAAUAAAAAGAUUCAGCUCUUUGUAAUUCCAAUGAAAGUUUAAACAUUGUUUUUAAUGAGGUUUAGAUAAAUUAUAUUAAAGUAAAUAAUGACAGUGAUGAACAUUUAGAUGUGUUUUUGUCAGAUUCUAGAAUUUAAGAGUAUUUUUCAGUUAGUUUUUAAUACACAUAAGUCAUAUCCAAAACAAAAGCCAAAACUUUUUAAUGUAGUCUAAUGAGUGUAAUUUUUCCUCAGUAAAUUGGAUAUAUGUUAUAGAUACAUUUAAACAUUUGCAUUUAAAUAACGGAAAUAAACUUGAUUAAGAUAGAAAAUGUCCAUUAGAUUGUGAAAAUGUCUCUCUCAAAGCAAAGUCGGAGCUUAAUUAGAGUAUAGAUUUCUGAAAAUACUAAUGGGUGAAGACAAGUGGCCAAUCUAUAAAGGUGGGGCUAAAUGAACUAAACGUGCUUAAUGUCACUUAGUUAGACUUGAAUGACUUAAACAAAAGCUUCUUGCAAAACUCUGUGUUUUUUCUUCUCACAUCGGACCCACUUUUGUGAUCUCAAACUCCUAUUGAGAAAAUACAACAUUUUCCAUCUCCCUCACAGCAGGACACCAUGUUGAAAAUGGCAAGCUAAGAACAUGUGCAGGCAGUAGAAUUACAUUUGUGGCCCAUGCUUUUAUCUAGAGUAAGUGGUUGUGUGUGCAUAUGUGUGUGUUUGUCUGUGUUUGUGUCUGUGUGUGAGGAAGUUUGAGCAAGGAGGCACAGUUGUGUAAAUCAGAGGCAUGUAAAUGAGGAUGAUAGGGGAAUCUGUGAAGAUAAUCCCUUGAUUUAGCAGAAGAAAGGCCCUCUGAAAAGAUGAUCUCCAAAGUAUUUAUUUUCCCUCUGUCUUUAAACUCACUGUCACCUCUUUCAUCUUUUAUUCUUCCAGUUCACUUUGAUACAAAUCAUCUCCACCGCUCCCGUGCAUAGUAAUGUAUUUGUCCAUGCUCCUGCAGAUGUGACGAGGAUGUGAAUGAGUGCGAGCAGGACGGCUGCAGGAAUGGAGGAGAGUGUGUCAACACAUUCGGGUCGUUCUACUGUAACUGCUCCGAGGGCUACGAGGGUCAGAUUUGUGACGAUCAGAUGCCUGGUAAUCUGGGGGAUGACAUGCAGGUAGAGUAUGAUCAGCACUUGAAGGGGAAUUCAUGCAGGAGGUAAUCUCACAGGAUACCAAAUCUUAAUCCAAAAAGUCCUGGCUUUUUGGGCUUGCUUUUUUGCACACUCAGCUUGCUUCUAAUAGGACUUGGCAUAUCCAGUGCAGCUGUUGAGGAUUCUGAGUGUGCACUGGCCUCCCGGGAAGGUUUAUUCACCAGCUUGAAAUGUUUGUCUCUGCAGCAGAUGAAUGAAACCGCUGUAAUGGAUAAAUCAUAGUUUCCAUUACAAGUUGUCACGCUCUUGACUUUUGUUGUGCGCUGUAGACCUCAUAUUGAGACUGCAAUUAAUGUUAUGCAUUGUUGAAAGAAAAGGCUUUAUUUAUUACUCCCUCGAAGAACGUAAUGAGUAGAGAUGUAAACAUGGGUGACAAAAACUAUUAGGCCACUUCAUACAACCAUUAGAAAUGUAAGUUAUGUUUGUUUAUUUGUAAGUGCAUUCAAAGGCAUGAUUUCUGAAAAAAAACUUCAGUGUUUCCCCCGGAGUGUACUCGUCUUGUAUUCUGGUUACGCAACAAUGAGUGAAAAUAAUUAUUUAGAGCAAAUGGCGAAAAACUGAAACUGAUUUUAGUAUUCUUCUGUCGUGGGGAGCAGAUGUAAAUUGGAAAGGUGGGCAACAUAGUGUGACACAAACAUUUACACCAAUGAAAGUGAUGUUCACAAUGUAAAGAUGAUUUUGUUUAUGCAAAGUUUGUAAUGCAGCUGCCUUUUUUUUUUAACUGUGAUGUCUUAAAUUACAUUACUCUCCACUCAGGAGGUGAUUGUAAAUUGUAUUUUUCUAUCAGUAUCUAAUGUAAAAGUUGACUUCAUCUGCCUUAUUGCCGCUUAAAUCACUUUAAAGGAAUCUGUGUAGGGGAGGGCUGAGGUGAUGGAUAAUUUUCCACCUUGAAAAACAAUAUUUUUUUGUUAUGCCAACAGUCGCAGAGUUUCCUCUGUAGCAAAAAUGUCAUUGUCCUUUAUCAAAACAAAAACUGAAUUCCUAAAAUGACCUAAAAGUUUGAGUUGCCAUGUUCAGAGCGAAGACCUUUCAAUGUGUUUUGUUUGUUUUCUUCCCAUUGCCCAGGCUGAACCCCUGUCAUACAUUGGACCAGGAGAGAUAAUUGGCAUUGGCGUCCUCGCUUUUGUCAUCCUCCUCCUACUGAUACUCUUCAUGGCCUUUAGAAAGAAAAUCAAGUUUAGGAAGGAUUCUGACUCAGGACCAGGGACUGUAAUGGGUGUGUCGGCUAUAUCCACAGAGACCAGCUACAUGCUGCACAAAACACGUGUUGGCGCAGAAGGGAUUGAGUUCAAAGCUGUGCGUGUGUCGGGUUCACCUGGCGCUACCAGCACCUAUGGUGAGGUUGGAGGCUGCACUGGGGGUCCUCCACAGGUCAUGGUGCGCCCAACGACCCACUCCCCUCUGCCUGGGGGGAUCAUAAACCAGGGAUUGAGGAGUAGAGAUGGCGACAAGACCACCUCCAGUGAAAGCAGUCAGGUCUGUUAAAGAUAUGAAUUUAUAACCGUUUUUCUGUUUCAUGACAAAACAACCACCCUUCUAGAUGAGACGAUUUUGUUGUUGCAGCUUUAUUUACAAAGUAAUCAAAGGGGAAUUACUCAAUAUUGAUAGUUUCACAUAAUAAAAUGAAAUGAAAUGAAAAACCAAGGGAACAGCAGUUUUAUAUCCUGACAUCAAUAUCUGUAUCAGCACAUCCUCCAGCUCAGGGUUUUGAUGAUUCUGUGUUUCUUUAAUUCAGUUUUAACCCUCUUAUCUUUGACAGAAACUUGAGCAAUGGUGUUUUAUUCAUACGUGCAGACAGCUGUGGGACAGACUGUCCAAGUCCUCAGGCUAAAACCCGAUAAAAUUAUGACGAUACACACAAAACACAGCAAUCAAAUUUUUCUCAGUCUCAUAAAUGAUCCUCUCAAACAUGUGAAAAGCACUGUAUGAUACAGUUAAUUAGCUUGGACUAAGCUAAAACUCACAUUCACUCUAACGUACUCUGAUGGCACUGUGAACCCUCUGGGCUCUAUAACUGGCUGUUUAAAACUACUGUUGAUUUUACCUCGAUAUUUCACCUUAAAAACUGUUUACCUAAACUUGCUUGACAUAAUUUUUUUUUCAGCACAACCUUACAUGCCUUACAUGUGUGGAUUUACAGGUAUUCUGUCAUUUUGACAUACUGUAAAAUAAAAAAAUUAAUAAAAUAAAAAAAAACACAGAAAACAUUAAAUCUGAAUAGAAAAAAGUAACAUUUUUUACAGUAAAAAAAAAAAUAUGUUCAAAAAAUGGUUACAUCAUAGAUGCUCAUCAUUGGAAAAUUGAAUGAAUGAGCUGAAAAAAUAAUGACCUGCUCUUCUUUUUGAUUGGUUUAGUAUCAUUUUUCUAUAAAAUAACAGCUUGCACCAUAAAUACAUAAAGAAAUUAAAAAACAAUACAUAUAUAUAUAUAUAUAUAUAUAUAUAUAUAUAUAUAUAUAUAUUAAAUCAGGCAUGACAUUUACCAAAUUAAGCAAAGCAACUUUACGUUUUUUGGUGUUUACACUUGCCGUGAACUGAAAAGAUGCCUGGGGUACACUAGAAGUCUUUGGUUCUCCAUUAGUUAUUACAACAGUGAGAAAAAUACCCUUUCUGUUGUCGACACAAAAGGAGAAAAGACUGAACAUUCAAGAUCAAACAACAAUUAGCACAAUAGACAGCAUCAAGAAAAAAGGGGCAAAUUAAAGAGUAAAACAAGACAGAAAAAAAUGUCAACUAAGAGAACUUUACUGUGAUUGACUCAGAGCUCUUACGGUCAUUUUAUCAUAGUAUGUGAAAUUUGUGCUCAUAUAUCAAAUCUCAGAGUAAAAAGUGUUGAAUUGUUCAUAUAUCUCUGUUUUCUUUUGUCCCUACAGUUUAGCAGCUUCCUCUCAGACCUGUCCACUGUUCGGGGCAUUGCCAAUAGAAGGGGUGUGGCAGUGUGCAGCGUGGCGCCCAAUCUUCCAUUGGCAUCUUCCUGCCUUACAGAGCACAGUCCAGCCCACAAAGUAUCCUGGGACGGAGAGGAGACCAGGGAUGACGGGCUGGAUAGAAUGAGGGAUGAGAGAGAGAAUGAGUGGGGGCAGAGAGCUUUUCAGCUUGAGAGAACGCAGAAUAGUAACAGCCCACAAGGUAAGAGUGUGACUGUGUUCAUGCGUGCACACACAACACAAACCCACACACAGUUUGUAGUACACAAGCCAUGAAGUCAUUGUGUUACACCCAUACAUUCAUCAGCAUUGAAUGAGCUUGAUUUACAAUGAUUGAUGUUUUUUCACUGACACACAUCCAGGAAAAUGGCCCCAACUCAUCAAGAGUGGGAAGGAAAUUAUAUUUUAAUUUUACUUAUAAUUUCAGUUUCAAUCUCCACUUCCAGGGAACAAUAAUAAUUACAUAACUAGCUUAUCUUUCAAAUGGCAAAAUGGGCAAUCAUGCUCUCUUGUAUCUGCAGAUAUCUCUCAUAGAAUUUGAUUGAAUGGUCAGGAUCAUCAGCCACAACAGAUGGUCCGAGCCUCAUUACGCUAAAAAAAAAGAGUAGGAGUAGGGGACGUACUUUGAUAAAUCUCAGGGGAAAUUUAACUUUUUUUGUAUUUGUUAAACAGGCUCCACACACAAGCCUAAAAGACAUGAGGACUUUCAUUACCCAGAUAGUAAACUGGCAUCUUUUUAGCGACCAGUCCCAGCAUCUACACUUGAGUCCAUACAGGGAUUUGAUCAGCAGCCCUACAGAAUCCAAGCAAAGUCUCUACAGACUGAUUUCCUGUUAGUGAAGACAAUCCUAGAAAGGCUCUUGCCCUAUAGGGUCAGGGUUCAACUCAUAACCCUCCGGGGUUAGUCGGUCACUAGUUCAACUCCUGACCAUGACCCUUUCCUGCAGAUCUCCCACACUCACUGUUCCCCGUAUUUGCUGUGUUGCUUGAGCUGACCUGUCAAAUGAUUUUGAAAACAGUAAAAAAGCAAAAAUGCCCCUAAAAUGAGUGAAAAAAGAGUUUUAUUUUACAUAGAAGAUAUAAUGCAAUAGAAAACACAUAACCAAUACAGUUGAUUAUUUCAACGACAAAUUGCAGGUCAUCAAUGAUUUUUAAAUUUUUUGAAAUUACCAUAUUUUUUGGACUAUAAGGCGCACUUAAAAUCCUUUUGCCUUUUUGAAGCACUGCUGCUACCGUAGCUUCGCAGAGGUAUUGGAUGAGUUAAAUAAAGUUUGACUUAUCUGACUGUUUUGUUUUGCUCAAUGCGCUUUAUAAUCCGGUGCGCCAUACGUAUAAUCAGAUGCACCUUAUAGUGCCAAAAAUGUUCUAUGUUAAAUCUGCAUCUCAAACCUCAUGAUAGUAACUUUUAAUGAUCCAAAAAUUCACCAUCUUCUUCUGGUUGUGAUUUUAGAAGCACAACACUGUAAGCAGACUGCAGGUAUAGCCAUUUAAACAUGCCAUGGCCAUGUAAAGCAGGGACCACAAUGUAAGAUAUUCAUGAUUCUGGCGUUGAUUUAUCCUGCAGAGUCUGAUGUGCUGAGAGUGAUUCUUCUCACCCCAAUUUGUGCAGAGGACAAUCAGGUCACCCUGACUUGCAAUCAUAGCCGUAAACACGUUCAACAUUUAUGAUCAGAAAACCCGUCAUGUGGGGGAAGCCCUGAGGAGAGCCAAGUAUGAACUCUGUGGAUUUUCAAAUGGAGAGAAACGAUUGCCCAUUAGCAAGCAAACUGAAGAGGAAAGAACAGAUGCAGCCAUGGCAAAAACAGGAAAGGUGGAGCACAAAUAUGUCCUGUAAAACAUCCCUAACAAACUAACAAGGAGAGGUGUAGAGCAAUGGGAGUACCUGGAAGAUAAGUGACUGGUAAUGGUUAGUUCCAGUCUGUCCCUUAAAGUGUUUGUGACAGUGUCAGGUGCAUUUUUGCCUUUUAUAGGCUGUGUCCAAAAUGAGUCACUCAAUCCCUAACCCCUAGCCCCCAUAUGGGGUUUCACUAUAUAGUUGACUAUGUAGUGAGCUCAAUCACUGGAGGUUUCGGACACCCCUCAAAAUUGCACCAACUCCCAUAUAGUCGCCUAUAUAGGGGUUAGGGAUCCAUUUCGGACACAGCCGUAGUUACUGUAUGUGACAGUCGCUGACUCUGGAUGCACAGUGGUCAGUUCUUAGUGUAUGUAAGUAAGGGCCUGCAUUAGAGUGUUAUAAGAUGGAUUUCUAUUUAUGGAAAAUGAGAAACUGGACUCCAUUAAAUGUUUCAGGUCAUAUGACUAACCGUCAUACAUCUUGGGAGGUGACUGUUGCACAUUCCCACGCCGUAAUUACAUGUGCCAGACGAUUAAGUGUAUUUUUCAACCCUGGUAUAAAGUAUGACUAUUUUUCACAUCGGAGAGUGCUUCUCCAGUUUCUUCAUCUACUGAAAGGACAGAUAUAAAAACAACGAGGGGCGGCAAGAAAAAGUUCAGUCUUAUAUUUAGCCAUCAGCAGCCUGAUCACACCCUUCACAGUUUGUUUUCUGUCAAUUAAAUAACCACAUUGCAUCUCAGUGCUAAGAUAGACGUCACACAUUUCGAUUCUCUGUCCAACCUGUUGUUUGAAUAAUCAAGCUUGAAGUCAGAACUUCCUGCUAAUUAUUGAUUCCUUCCUGUGGGAAUGGGAAAUGCUUGGUUUAUUUACCGCUCCCCCGCUGUGUGUUAAGAAAAGUGAAUGCUUCUUGGGUUCACGGUUACAUCACCGUCCACUAAUUAAUGUGCAACAAUGGACUAAUACUGAGAUUAUUGGAUUGAUGAUUAAUUUCCAGUUCAAUUAAUCAGUUUGAAUAGUUAAUGAUACACUGUUUAAGAUGGGCUAAAUUAACCAUUUAUACCACAGAAACAACUAAUGAGUCUAUCGGAGAAUGAAUAUUGCAAUGGAUGGGCUCAGGUCAAUAUAUGAAGAAAACAUAUUGGUUGAACCUGCUGCUUAUGAAUAAAUAAAUGUUAUGAAUAAUGUAACACUUGGAAAUAAGGUCCCUGGGUGAUUAUUGUUUUGCAAUAAUGAUUGGAUACCUCAAAAUAAGUUGACUGCUCUCCAUGCUUGCCUUUAAAGAAACUUAGUCAUAAUGAAAGAUCAGUGAUUGAAUGAUGACUGUUGAACACCAGUUUCCUCCACAAACUCUGAUAAAAAAACAAACUGCAAAUUCUUAGUUGCAACAAAUUUCAUUUGACUGUGUUUUUUAGACUACUGGUGGUUAUGAUUAUUUAUAUUUUGAGCUUAGAAUAAACAGUUAUGAGUUUAUAAUAAGUGACUUUACCUUAAAGAAACAUUAAUAACUAAAUACAUUUUACAUUACAUUUUUUUAAAAUACAUUUUGAAAAGGAUUUUUUUUAAAUGGAGGCUGUAUUUAGAGUACUGUCUGUCUUAGUUUAAGGAUUGGAGCUUCGAUUAUGUAUGGUUGGUAGUAUACAGACUUGGUUAAAUGGUGUUCAUAAGGAUGUUAAAAUUAGUGUAUAACCACCUGAGUCUAAAAUUUUGUUUGUGUUCACUCAGAGUGAACCUUUUACAGAAGAUAAGAGAUCAGAAAGUGGACAAAUAUUCAGUGUUAAGUGGACAGCAACAGGUCAAACUCUGAGAUGAUCAGAGUUUGACCUGUUGCUGAGGUGGUGGAAAUAUGGACAACUAAAAGACAAGAGACUCUGAUUUCUGAAUGAGUCUGAUGGAAAAUGUGAUGCUAGCUGUCAGGAUAAUCAAAGCAACAUUCCUGAGAGUGAAUUUUACCCGUAUGUGACGUUUGCAACCAAACCCAUUGGAGAAGAGCACACAAAGUUAACCUUGUAAACCUACAACCAAAACAAUGAUAUACAGUCAGAAACAGUCUGUGGGUGUUACUUUAUACACAGCUCAGUAGCUCCCCUUUAAACCUUUGUUAUUGCCCCAUUAGCUCUUUUGGUUUGCUAGCUAGCAUUGUUAUUUCUCUGAUGACGUUGAUGUAGUGUGAACAUGACUUCUGUUUCUGUGAACAGACUUUCCCUUGUUCUCUCCAUACUGAGUCAUAAUUGUCUUACAUCUGUGAUUAAGUUGUAACCAGGGCUCGAAACCAACUUCUUCAGAAACCAAACACAGUAAAAACUUCAUUAAGCAGUUAAUUACAUGCAAUCAAAACUGGAUCGAAUUGAGGGUGGAUACAGUAAACGUUAAUAGCUUGCAGCCACAAAAACCACUGUUGUUUCUGUAUGAAUCGUGACCCUGUUGAUUGGUGCAUCCUGGACAAAUGCCUUUAGUUAUUUUAUUGAAAACAUAUCCAACAAGUGUAUUUUGGCAGUGUAAUAAACUUUGCCAGGCUGCAUCUGCGUAGAGUCUUCUAGUGAUUCAACAUGGUAGCCACAGCAACCACUGACAUGUUGACUUGACAUGUUCAGAUGAAGAUCCCCUCUUCACAGCAUAACAUGGAUAAUAGAAACAUCAGUUGCUGUAAGAUAUAUCAAUAUCAACUCUGACAACCAACUAUGUGACGCUCAGACAUUAUGAUACUACCUCCAGUUUCGUUCAACAUAAUGAACACUCUCUUAAAGAAUCUGCUGUGUAAAAGAGUGUCAGCUUCCCACAUGACAUUAGACCAGAGGCUGCUAUAGGUUGCUUUUCUUGUUUAUUUUGAUCAGUAGUAUUGCCUUACUGCUCAUAUUCCCACAGGAGCUUUUCACUUGUUCCUUGUAGGCACGAGUCCACACCCACCCAGCGUGGCCUCAGAAAGCUGGAGAUGAUGUUCAGACAUCCAAGCCGUUAUUGACGGAGCUAGUGCAGUUAUGGCUUUAAAACAGACUGAACUGUUUAGCCAAUUCUGAAAACAAUCUGUUUGCAGUGUACCCCAAUAAAUAGUUUACUGCUUUAUCAAAUUGGAAAGGUAUUAGAUUUUAGUUUUUCUUUAAUAAAAAUCAAAGAUCACAGAGUCUCAUCUGCCACAUAUGUGAAGAAACUGAUGCAGAUAGCGAAUCAAUUGAUGAGACUAAAUUUUAAAUAAAAUCAUUGAUAGUUUGAGACUGAGCAGGAAGGCAGUGAAAAGCUAACCGCCUCUCCUCUUCGUAAUCUGUUUCUCUGUUUAUCAUUCAACAUAACCCCUUUAGUUUUUCACAUCAGUAAAUCAGCCGGCUCAUAUUUCCAAACUGUUUCAUAUUCCGAAUAGAGUUGUUGGAUUAUGGUUAAAGCCCGUAUGAUAAUUUUCUGCUCUAUUUGUCAUUUAUGGCUCUCAGCGCCAGUGCCAAACCAGGCGUUUUAUUGCUGCUAGAUUGGAACACCUGAAGGAGUCACAUGAACUUGGCAGUGGGUCUUGUAACAAACAAUGUUAUCCUCUGUCUCUAAAAAACAUGCCCCUCUCUGGAGUUGUUGAGACGCAUAAGAACCUGCCAAGCACCUCUGCGAGUUGUUUGAAAACUGCUCAGGGACAAUUGUGACCUCUCUAAUAACAGCUCAGCAGGAGAAACUCUUUCAGGAGUUACACCGACUUUCAAGCAGCUAAUUUUUUCAAAAGUUGCCCUUAAAGAAAUGCAGGUGAAGGCUAACCUGAGACCCAACACAUUUCUCUAAAUGAAAUCACAACCGAGUCUUCGGUGCAGACAAAAUGUCAGAUGGACUGGAGGUGGUAAGCAGGUGGGCCGUAACAGAAUAUAGAACUUUCAUUUUCUGUUCCUGGGCUUUUUUCAUUUCGCUGAUAUACCUGCUGUUUUGAGCAGUUUGUGUCUCACAUCUGUCUGUAAUAUACCACAUUAGAGCACUUACUCCUCCAGCUGGUGCUGUAGGCGUUAAAUGAGCACACCUGGAGUCGUAGUUGUUGUACUGGGAUUUGGUAAAAAAUUCUGUGCUUCAAACUUUGUCAGCUUUUUGGAACAGAUGACAACUUAAUUUGAGUGUACAGCUAGUGAAAGUGCCUUAAAAUGUGAAUUAUUAUUUUACUGUGUUUGUGAGCAGACUGGGGGUCUCCUUUUACCUACUUUAGUCGAGUGGGGAGUAAAUUGAUGCAUAUGUAAUUGAGGGUGCUAGAGAGUGGUUACUCCCACUCACACUAAUAUGCCAGUCAAGAAACAGACAUGACAACAACAACACAAAGAACACAAACAGCAAACAAAAAUAUCAACUUGUAGCAACUCAGGAUGUAUUAAUGGCUCAUAUUGCAAUAACUUAAAUGUGAUAAAAGUUGAUGGGAACACUUUACAGGGCGCCUAUCUCUAUAACGCAUUAUAAAUACAUGUAUAAUACGUUAUAAUCACGUUAUAGCACUGUAUAACUAUAAACACUCAUAAAUGAUCAUAAUGCUUUAUAGCAAUAAUACCAUACAAGGUCAGGUAUUAUAAUGUGUUAUAACUGUUAACAACUUACUGACAAUGCCCACAUAGAUAAUGCAUUAUACAUACAUUUAUGAAGUGUUGUAAUGUGCUUAUAAAUUUUUAUAAGUAUCAUGAUAAACACUUAUUAAUUAUUAUAAGGCUUUAUAACAAUAAGCAUAACACAUUAUAAUACCUGACGUUGUAAGUCAUGAUAAAAUGCUUUUUAAUGUGUUAUGAUUUUUGCUAUAAAGCAUUAUGAUCAUCUAUGAGUGUUUAUAACUAUAGUUAAACAUGAUUAUGACACAUUGUACAUAUAUUUAUAAUGUGUUAUAGAGAUAGGCAUAACCAAGUUAAUAAUGUAGUAAAACUAUUAGCGUAUAACAUAAUAACGUCUUUGCGCAUCGUGUACUAAUGUAACAGUAUGAGUUGAUUACUACAUUAUGAACUUUAUUACAUUUAAUUCAUUACAUUAUUAGCCAUUAUUACAUUAUGAGUUGCUAUGAGUUGAGUUGAGUUGCUACCAUAGACUGUAUAUAGAAUGAACGUCGUCUGCCUCCUCGCUGGAUGAAGCCUUCGUGAGAACAACACCCUCUGGUGAUGGGCUGCAGUAUAGGUCAUUAAUCCUGCCUUCUCAAGCAAACUUAAUAGAGUUGUGGACAAACUUUUGAAAUUAAUUACACAGAAUAUAUAUUUUUCUCCCGCUGGUUGUGAUGUUGACAUGCGUGCAAUGCUACUGCGCAAGUGGUGGUUCCAGGAAGUGGAGAAAAUCAUGGAAAUACCGAGAGCAAUUCGGCUUUAAAUUCGUAUAAAGACGGAAGGCGGAGCCAAGUUGUCCAUAGUUUAUGCAGUCUUUGGUUACUACACAAACUCAAACUUUAUUUUCAUAAAACUAAGAAAUUAUUGUUUUUGCAACAUCCCUGGUUGGAAAUAAAGUAGUGUUACAGAUUUUCUCUGUCUGGAAACAUAAAAAGAUUUAAGUAUUGAAGAGCUUUGAAUGUUUAUUCUAGCAUAUUAUCAUUUUAUUAACAUAGGGUUGAAAAGAGAGCAAUCCCAUUGAAAAUUAAGGUAAAUCUUAGUUCAGUAACAGUAUCUCUUCGGGGUUGGGCAAUAACAUGAUUUUGAAAAUGCUUUCUGAAAUGUUUGAGAUUGAACAAGAGUGUUUGUUGUUUGUUUGCACAUGGUAGACAUGUCACAGCUGGCGGAUGAGGUGACAUGCCUUUCAGACUCCAUCUCUGAGGAGCACUCCAUCAGUUCCUACACUUCUGAGUCCUUUGAUGACAAUGGUAAGACACUAUCGCGCUUCUUGAUCUUGUUGUUUUGCUGUCUGGGUAAUAACUCUAAUCACACACAGAGCUGCUUAUUUGAGUUCCAAAUCUAGCUAUUCUGCAUGUGGGAAAAUGGUAGAUCUUCUGUUGUGUAAUAUUACUCUGAAGUACUGCUCACUGAUGAAAAAACAUGAAGACUUUAAAAAAAAAAAAUGUUUCUAUAUGGUACCUCUAUACAUCAAAAUCCAUACACACAUGAAGCUAAGCUCAAUUUAAGCUCCUUUAAGCACAGAGUUUUAGCGCUUUUCUUGAAAUUCUACAGCGUCACUUUUUCCCAGAUAGAUCAAUACCUCUGAUGCUUUUCUUGGAUCGUAUUUGUCUCUUUUUCUCAGAUAACUCAAUACCAUUGAUCUUAAAGAGGUUGGAAGCCAAACACCCUAAUGACCGUGUGUGUGUGUGUGCGUGUGCAUGUGUGCUGGUGUAAGGUUAUGACUGGUGCUGCAAAGAAAAGACUUGUCUCUCUUCUAGUCUCCCAUGUGACACAAACAAACAUGAAACAUAUGACCACAUGUCUUCUAUGAACUUCACACGUGCGCACACACACACACACAGACACACACAGAGUCACACCCAAUACAUGAAACCUUACUCUUUUCUUAUGCGCUAACACUGUUUUUGUUCCUCUCUUUCUCUUUCUUGUCCCCGCCCAGCCUCCAUAGUGACUGUCAUACGUCUGGUCAAUGACACCGUAGACAAUAUUGAAAGUGAAGGUAUGAAAUGGUAUAUUCUGUUAACUUUUCUAUCUCUUUUGUGUCUGUCUUUUGUGUUUGUAAAGCACUGAUGUACAUGGUUUUGAAUGCAGCUCAGUCUCUACUGUCCUUUCCUCCUCUCAGAAUAAGACAUCCUGCUUGGGUUUCCAAUAUUUUUUUGUCUGCUUCCAACACCGGAUCUCUCCGUGUUUCAAUUUCUCCCCUUUAGUUUCUGUGUUGUUUGUCUCAGUCUCUCUCUGACAUUCACUCUCUCUCUCCCUUUGUAGUGUCGAACAUGGACAAAGAGCAGCGGCGGAGCAGCCCUGGUGAGUGAGCUGCAAAGCAACUGAAAAACAUCUUAUUAACUUGCCAUCCCUCCAGCUUAUUUUCCCAGGCUGUGAUCCCCAAACCUUACCUUUUGUGUUCUUUGUAUUUUCCCCCCUGAAUAUUUUAUCAAACCUUAUACAGCACAGAUUUCUGUUUCUGCCACUUUUCCCUCUCUACAUUUACUUUUAGACCUUGAAUGUUAAUGCUGGCUCCCUGCUUCUGGUGAUGCAUCCUGACUUUAAACAGGGUUGGGACUCUAAAUGAGUUUUCAAUAUUGAACUGAGGUUCAAAUAAAUGAGUUACAGGCUUCUUAUCCGUUUUUGAUUUGUUAAAUCAACGUUUAAAAAUGGUAGCAUCCAUUCAUAAUCACAAAAACCUGACUGAUAAACGACAUAUUUGUUAUCUUGAAACAUUUUUAAGUCUGUUAACAUUUUUACAGUAGUGUAUCAUCAGCCUGACCGAUUAUUGUAUCGUUUGCACCAAAUGUUAAUAUAAUUAAUUUAAACUAUUACAGGUCUAUUAACAGAUUUCUCACUCAAUUUGACUCAUCUCAUCCCUCCUUGUGGUGGUGCUUCGCUUGGCCCUUAUGGCAUCAAUCCUGCGUUUUACCUGUUAGGAGCAUUUGAGUUUCUUUAGUUUAUUAGUUUUUACAAGUUAUUAUAAUAUAAUUGUAUUGGACUUCAGUGUCACAAUAAUGGGAUAUGAUCAUUAUCUGUAUUGCACCACAUUGUGUUGUAUCAUAUUAUAAGUCACCUUGGGAUCUCCACCCUGGUAAUAAUUUAUGGUCCAUUUUCCACGUGUUUUGUUUGUAUAUUGAAGCACUAUUCCGUAAAGUAAGGGGAAAAAAACUGCGUUUAAUAUGAGCCAGAAUAAUUGACUUUAAUGGCUUCUGUUGUUAUUCAUUCCACAUCUGUAGAGAUUUAAUGCAUUCCAGUCAAAUAUUUACAAAGGCUUAACCUCACUGUCCUCUUGUCUUUUGUUUGUUUACUUAAAACUAUUAACACUCUACUGUAAGAAACGUACAUUUGUUUUGGAGUUUGACCUUUUUUCGUCAUUGUUCAAUGGUGGGUCUUGUUUUGUUGAUAGAGCGUCCCGUUCCUUAUUUAUAAACCACCUCAACCCUUGCAGGUACUGAUAAUUUUAUAUCAGUACCUUGAGUGAUAGGGUCAAAAGUGUGAGCUAGUUAUGUAUCCAGUUGUACACAAACAUAAUCCACAAUAAAUUCACCCGCUUCACCCCGUUAUUCUUCAAGUUGACUUAAAAACUUUUUUCUUGAUUUCAAGUUUUCCAUGCGCACUGGUUUGUACCUUGAAACAUUACAAGGCUAAUCUGAAGAAGGAUGAUGGCAGAUUUAAGAGGUUCUGGAUCAGAUUGGUGGAUCUGAUACUGGAGUAAGAAUCUGUUAAAUGCUGUCAAACCCAAGUCAGUGUUCAUUAUAAUAUGUAGCAUCCAUCAAAUUACAAAUAGGUUAAAAAGUCGGCCUUUGAAGCAUUUUUUGGGCAGUAUUUUCAGGGUUCCUACACAGUUGGAAUUUCCAUACUUUGACAUACCCUACUUUUUAGAAUUAUUGUUGGCAAUACCCACUUUUCUAUUUCAGAAAACAGUAUUUGGUAACACUUUACAAUAACCAUAACUUAUAAAAGGUAAAUAGACCAUUUAUAAAUGGUAAGCAGAUAGUUUAUUAACGUUUAAUCAUCGUUUAUAAAUAGCAUAUAGACCAUUAAUAAAUUGUAAACAUACUUUGAUUAACGUUGACAUUCAAUUGCUUGGUCAAGUUGUGUGCAGCCACCCUCACUCUAAGCACAACAAAGCUUUCACCCCAGCCUUGUAGAGCAUCUCAGUGGGUUUAGGGGGCACUUUGAGCCAAGCCUCACAUCCUCAUGGAAAGGCAAAGGAGACGGCAGCUUCAAACACUUCCUCUCGCACCCUAAAUGAGACAUCAUCUGUAGGCUGAACACUGAAUGCUGAAAACAAAGAUAAGAAACACUUGCACCUAUGAAGAUCCCUAUACUGUUUCCAGCUCUUUUUUUGAAUCCAAUGAUAAUGGGCUCAUGGUUACCAAGUCUGUUAGUUCUCGGUUGCAUGUAAUUUUCUGGAUCCACAAAGCAUUUCAUUACAAACUCAGAGCGAGGCUGCGUUUGCGCCUCCAUCAGUGGAAGGCUGCUGAAGCAUAAGGAGCUUUAUUCCAGACAGGGAGUAUUAAAUGAUGAAUGAAAUUGUUGUAUGGUAGAUUUACUUCAAAUAACCGCUUGGAUUAGGUGAAUUUGUGUUCAUAUGAUACGUGCGAACUUACAUUUAAUAGUUUGUCGAAUAAGAGGGCAAUAUGAUUGAUAAUAAUAAGAUAACCAGCAGUAAUUUUGUUAUUCUGUUGAUAAGACGGGAAGUUUGACAUAAGAUGAAUGUCCCUUGCAUGAGACACAAGUGUUUGUCAGCAUCUCACUGCAUAUGUGUAUUAUGAGUCAUACUUGUGUGUGUGUCUGUCUGUUUACAUGUGUUUGUUGCUGGAUUGCUCCCUGCCAGCCUCCCUCGUCUGUUAUCAAGUGUGUUUUCUAUCAUGUCAAAAUUCAUUGUGUCGGUCCUCAUUCAGUUGUUUCUAUGAGAAGAGCUUUUCAUCAUCUAAGACUUCCUGUCCCAUGAGAUUUUUUUUUUGUGUGUGUGUGUGUGUGUCUUUUUCCCCCCACCUCACUGUCAGCGAGUCGUCACCUGCAGAGCAAAGAUGAAAUUUGUGUAGAAUUCAUCAAAGAGUACAUUGUGGAUUGUAAGAGCAUUAAUCUUUUCUCCACUCCAGCCUCUCAUAAAAAGUACUACAGCUAGAGAGUAUUGAUUAUUCAGGAGCAUGGCAUGCAGAAUGCACUCACUCUUUCUUUGUGCUUUGUUGGCGCUGCAGCCUGUUAGAUAUGUCUGUCUGCACGUGAUACGCAUUACAUAGCAGGAGUUGGCAUUGCUAAUGAAGGGAACUUUACAUCCCACACAGAGGAUGACCCCUCCGGCUUCCCCGCCUCAUCAAUAUGAUAUUUUUUCACUCACAGCUCAUUAACCCUAACCAUGAAUUAUGCACCCUGCAUGCCGUAGUUUGUAGGAAGUAGGAGAUUAGUGGGGCGCUAACAGCAUGAACUCAAUUGUAGAACAAAAAAAAAAGAAAGAAGAGGAUUUUGUUUUCUGAUUUUAUUUUUCACAUAAAUUAAUUCUAAAUGAGAGUUGGGAGCAAUUAAGAAACAUAAACACACAUUCCCACAGAGCACAUUGUAAAACCCCACAGUGCUACAUAAAGAAACAAAGCAACUCAUAAACCCCCCGCGUUCACGCUCACACAAACAUGUACACACUCCCUCAAAACAUGCACCUGCACAUUGAAACAGUCUCACACACACAGCUAACACAGCGUACAUUUCUAUGAUACCAAAAAGAGAUCAAGGAAGAAGAUAAUAAGCACUAAAGAUGAAAAGAAGAUUCCAGCAACAAUAAGCCAAUACAUAGCCGAUCUAUCAGCUGCUGUUUUUCUUUUAAAAACAGCUGAUUGUAUAGAAGGAGGCAGAAAAUCAACUUCUAACAUCCCCGUGGAUAAAGUUGUCGCUGUUUGAAAGGCACAAUGAUCUACUGAUAAAGCACUUUUAACAGGCUGAUCUUAUUAGAUGAAUAGUGUUUGUAAUCUAACGCUCCCAUUUCAAGGUGGGCGACAAACAUCCAGUGAUUCAGAAGCACUAGUUAGUCCAGGAAAUAAAGCCUGAGGCUCCUGACUCAGUAUGAGAAGUUAAAUCCCCUUAAAUCUCUUAAGUAGGUCAUCUCUGCUCUACUUGUUCAACUAAAACAUUGUUUGACAAUUUUAAACCAAGAAAAUAUAUAUUUCUAUGUUUCUUUCUCAGCGUACCACUGGGAGUCUUCCAGUCAGACCUCAAGCUGGUUGUCGCCUUCGCGUCUGCGUCCGCAGGAGUCUGGAUCGAACUUUAACCUGAGUGACACCCAGCAGAACAUCCGACGAGGAGGCAGCACACGCUCCCUCCAGCUAGACUAUACAGUCAUGGGCUUCACCGGGGAUCGGAGCAGGGAGAGGGUACGAGAGACAGAAAAGAGGACCUUCCAGUGGGAGAGGAAUCAGUCGGGCGAGUGGGAGAGGAAACGCUUCUUGGAAAGAGAUGAAACAAAAAGGCCCAACGAGGAAGGUGAAAUGGGGAUCACGGGCCAGGAUCACAGAGACCUUCAGGUGUCACACAGCCACGACAGCUGUGAAGACUCGCCUGUUUAUGAGGAGUAUCAAGAAUCUAGCCACAACCAGGAGGAAGGUGAAGACUCAGAGAGCCUCUAUGACACUCUACCCCCAACCCGGGCAGCCUACGAAGGAUACCCCGCUAGCCCACCAGGUGUUAACCUCCACCCAGCUCAGCUCCUUCCCCCUCUUAGAGCCUGGGACCUACAAGGAGAGGAGUGGAGGGAUUCACAAGAGGACCAUGGAGGGCUUGGAUCCAGCAGUCUGACAGGUUCAGGGGACGAGCUGGAGAGACUACUGAACCUGGUGUCACUCCGAGCCAGGAGAGCCACCAGAGUAAACCGAGCCUCGACCAGAUCCGAACCCACAGAGUGGGAGGGAUUUCAAUGA